GUAAUAGAGCAGCAUUGCUCAUGGUACAGAAACAUUAGCAGCAGAGAGGAGGCAUCCUGCCUGUUCAUUAGAGAUGCAAAGUGACAUCAUGACUGUGCUAGCUAAAGGAUGGGAAUAAUGAGGAGGCGGGGAGGCUGCACACUUUAUGUGUGUGUGUGUGUCUGUAUGUGUGUGUGUCUGUAGGCAGCCAGCUCUGAACCCUGCAGUCACUAUACAGCAACCCAGAAGCCUGCUCGCCCUGCACUGUCACAGCUCUGUAUGACUGUCACCAAGGUAAGGAGAGCCAGCUCUGUGUGGGAGACAUGGAGGCAGAGAGCUGGGAGGGAUAGAACACGGAGAGGGAGAGCCAGAUGGGGGAUGGCAGUGAUGUGAGUAGUGAUAACACUGCCAUGUGUCCUCCAUCCAUAGACAGCUAAGGUCUAUAAUGGAAGAUGUUUAGUUAAUGGGGGUUUAUACACAUUGCUUUACCCCAGGCUGCUUUAAGAUCUCAACCGUAAACCACCCUGCGUGAAUGGCAGUGUAUGUUUACAUGAUGACAGCAACCAUCCACCUCUUCUCAUCUGCCUCACCAACUUCUGCACAUGGAAUGUUCCCAUCAGGCUCUUCCCAUGUGUUACUGUCUUCCUUCUUCUAAUAUGGUGUAUCUGUAUUAUGUAUCUAUAUAACAGGGCAAUACAUGAUUAACAUGGGCAGCAAUGCUUGUCAUAUCUGACCAAGCCCUACAUGCAACCUGAUACCUAUGUGAGGAUGCACCUACCUGGGCAUGGAGUCCAUGGGAAGACAGGGAGUGGAGCUCAUUAUGGGCCUAUAUGAGGGGCAGUAGGAGCAGCUCUCUGUAUUAGUGAGGUGACAGAAUGAGUUUUGAGGUUUGGUCAUUGGAGUGGCUGAUUUUGAGAAGUGAAUUAUGAGUGGUCUGUGUUCUUUGAGUCUGCUCAGUAUGUACAUAAAAACUGCCUGCUCACUGAGGGCCUUUAUAUAUAGAAACUGAGUGCCCGCUCACUGAGGGGCAUGUAUAUAAAACUGAGUGCCUGCCCACUGAGGGUCAUGUAUAUAAAACUGAGUGCCUGCUCACUGAGGGCCAUGUAUAUAGAAACUGAGUGCCUGCUCACUGAGGGCCAUGUAUACAGAAACUGAGUGCCUGCUCACUGAGGGCCAUGUAUAUAGAAACUGAGUGCCUGCUUACUCUGGGCCAUGUAUAUAAAAACCGAGUGCCUGCUCACUGAGGGCCAUGUAUAUAGAAACUGAAUGCCUGCUCACUGAGGGCCAUGUAUAUAGAAACUGAGUGCCUGCUCACUGAGGGCCAUGUAUACAGAAACUGAGUGCCUGCUCACUGAGGGCCAUGUAUAUAGAAACUGAGUGCCUGCUUACUCUGGGCCAUGUAUAUAAAAACCGAGUGCCUGCUCACUGAGGGCCAUGUAUAUAGAAACUGAAUGCCUGCUCACUGAGGGCCAUGUAUAUAGAAACUGAGUGCCUGCUCACUGAGGGCCAUGUAUAUAGAAACUGAGUGCCUGCUCACUGAGGGCCAUGUAUAUAGAAACUGAGUGCCUGCUCACUGAGGGCCAUGUAUAUGGAAGGUGCCUGUUCACUGAGAGCCAUAUAUAUAGAAACUGAGUGCCUGCUUACUGAGGGCCAUGUAUAUAGAAGCUGCCUGCUUACUGAGAACCAUGUAUAUAGAAGCUGCCUGCUCACUGAGGGCCAUGUAAAUAGAAGCUGCCUGCUCACUGAGAGCCAUGUAUAUAGAAGCUGCCUGCUCACCGAGAGCCAUGUAUAUAGAAGCUGCCUGCUCACCAAGGGCCAUGUAUAUAGAAGCUGCCUGCACACCAAGAGCCAUGUAUAUAGAACCUGCCUGCUCACCAAGGGCCAUGUAUAGAGAAGCUGCCUGCUCACUGAGAGCCAUGUAUAUAGAAGCUGCCUGCUCACUGAAGGGCCAUGUAUAUAGAAGCUGCCUGCUCACUGAGGGCCAUGUAUAUAGAAACUGAGUGCCUGCUCACCGAGGGCCAUGUAUAUAGAAACUGAGUGCCUACUCACUGAGGGCCAUGCAUAUAGAAACUGCCUGUUCACUGAUGGCCAUGUAUUUAGAAGCUGCCUGCUCACUGAGGGCCAUGUAUUUAGAAGCUGCAGGCUCACAGAGGGCCAUUCAUAUAGAAACUGAGUGCCUGCUCACCGAGGGCCAUGUAUAUAGAAACUGAGUGCCUGCUCACUGAGGGCCAUGUAUAUAGAAGCUGCCUGCUCACUGAGGGCCAUAAAUAUAUAGAAACUGAGUGCCUGCUCACCGAGGGCCAUGUAUAAAGAAGCUGCCUGCUCACCUAGGACCAUGCACUGGCCCGGGAAAUGUGGAGCUUUGACAAGAGAAUUGCACAUUUUAGGCCAGUUCUAGAAAAAUAGUUGGAUGUUUUUAAAUUUUUCUGGCCUAAUAGUUGCAGUUCUUUUUCUUAACUUAACUUAUGUCCAGGUUAAGACGUAAACACCACAGACUUUCGUUUUGCUGAAAACUGAAUUGAGCAUUAUGACAUUGCUUAUUUAGUUAAUGAACUGACAGUAAAAGUCUGUUCAAAGCUCAAGGCCACAAGAUGUAUUCCUGGCAGGGUCAACUCGUCUUUUGGAGGUUGAUAAAAUCAGUUACACUGAGUUUUAUAAUAAAACAUUUCCACCCUAUAGUAUGUAACAGUCAAAUUAAUUAAGGAAGCACCAUUUGUUUACUGCCUUGACUAAUCACUUUGCUUCCCCCAGUAUAAUAUACGAGAUGCACUUUCAUGUGAUGUCCACCAGCAUUUAGAAGUGAUAUGUAUCCAGGGAGACAUUGGGGGGUCUGGCAACCUUUCUACCUAGGAAUUGGUAGAAUUAUCAAUGUUUCUUCCUGGUAAACGGUCAUUAUUUGUACAUUAAAAGCACAUAUGGGAAAUGACCUUCCAGUAAGAUCAUUGAACAUUCACUAGAUUAAUCAGAUGUAAAAUCUGAGCCUAUCAAUCUCCAAACCAGGAGUGAAAAAAACAUACUGUUUCUAUGGCUGUAUAGCCCUGGUUUACUGGACAGGAUAAUGCAGCAAAUAGUGCAUAUAACAUUCAGGCAGUAUACUGGUCAAUGACAAUCCUCACACUUUCUCUAUAUCUUCUAAAAUGUUUAGAGUAAUAUAACAGACGUUUCCAUUAAGCUCCAAAUAUGCCUCUGUCCUUAUCAUAACAUGAGACAGACAGCAUCCUUGCUAGGCCAGUAGCAUCACUAGAUUGGUACCCAGAGAGAUGCUGGUUGUGUUACAUUGCCCUCAGUAUCUUUGUACCCAUACCUAAGCUGUGUAUGUGUGCUUGGGAUGGAUACUGCAGUGAGGAGGGGCCUUCCUCUGCCAGUCUGCAGCAGUCAGACAGAGUGAAUGACAUCACGCAGGAUAAAUAGCACAGUGCAGGAUGAAAUGUUCUGCACAGAUUAUGGAAGAAUGUGCUUGACCAUAGCCCCCGGGAGAUAUGCUCAAAGUCACCAUUAUCACAAAAUGUACAAUUAUCACUUGUGUUCAGACACAAUCACCCCUUCUGGACAGUCCAACAAGAAUAGUUUGAAAGAGUCUCUUUCAGCUUGUCUGUAAUAAACGAAUGAAUUUAGCCAUUGGCAAAGAUAAGGUUGGGCUGUGAAUCCCCCAUAUGAUAAUGUACACUUUCUGUCAGGACUGGGCUACAAAUAGAAAUGACUUAAAUACAAUUUUCAAUAGAUCACUGUUGUCCAAUUUGUAACUUCCCAGUGUCUGUAGAGCUACAACACCCAUUAGGCCCAGUCAGCCACAGCCACACACCCUCAGGGUUAAUCGCUAAAGAGAGAUUUGUUGGGAAUUCAAAGUGAAUUUGAAAUUUAAAGGACAGCUGUCAUAAAAGUUUCACUUCUUGUGCUUUAAAUGUUAAAUACAGUUUAUGACAAUAUAUAUAUAUAUAUAUUUUUUAAAUAAUGUGUACUGAUGUUUGAGAAGUUUAAAUUUUUAUCUGGCUGAGAAGUCAGUUAGGUUACAGCCAGCAACUUAAAGGACCACUAUAGUGCCAGGAAAACAAACAUGUUUUCCUGGCACUAUGUAGUCCUUAGGUAUCCCCUACCCUCAGGCGUUUUUAAUGCGCACACCGCUCUGGCCACGCAUGCACAUUCGACUCCCCCGUUAAUACCCCUUCAGCCACUUUCCUUAAUCCAGCGCCGGGCUCCCUCGGUGCUGGUGACCUCUCCCCCCCCGACAUUGGCUCCCGAGUGGAGUCGAAUGUGCAUGCGUGGCCAGAGCCGCGCGCGCAUUAAAAACGCCUGCUUUCCUAUGGAUGUCAGCGUCUUCUCACUGUGAUUUUCAUAGUGAGAAUCGCAGAAGCUGCCUCUAGUGGCUGUCAGUUAAAACUAGAGGGACCUGGCACCCAGACCACUUCAUUGAGCUGAAGUGGUCUGGGUGCCUAUAGUGGUCUGUGUGCCUAUAGUGGUCCUUUAACUUGCGUUAAGUUGAGUUAAAGUUAAAGGGACACUAUAGUCACCAAAACAACUUUAGCUUAAUGAAGCAGUUUUUGUGUAUAGAUCAUGCCUCUGCAAUUUCAUUUCACAGUUCACUUCCAUUUCGGAGUUAAAUUACUUUUGUUUCUGUUUAUGCAGCCCUAGCCACACCUCCGAUGGCUGUGACUGACACAGCCUGCAUGAAAAUAAAAUGCUUUCAUUUUCAAUCAGAUGUAACUUUACUUUAAAAGUUUGCAUUUCCUGCUCUGUAAAUUGAACUUUAAUCACACAUAGGAGGCUCAUGCAUGGUCUAGCAAGUUAUCAACAGAGCAGGAGAUAAGAAAUUCUAAAUUAAACAGAAUUUGCCAUAAAGGAAGUGUAACUAUUAGAAGACCUUUUACAGGAAGUGUUUAAGAUGGCUGUGUUAAUCACAUGCAGGGAGGUGUACCUAGGGCUGCCUAAACACAAUUAUUUAACUCCUAAAUGGCAUAGAAUUGAGCAGUGAUAUUGCAGGGGCAUGAUCUAUACACCAAAACUGCUUCAUUAACCCCUUAAGGACACAUGACGUGUGACAUAUCAUGAUUCCCUUUUAUUACAGACGUUUGGUCCUUAAGGGGUUAAGCUAAAGUUGUUCUGGUGACUCUAGUGUUCCUUUAAGUUGAGCAGCAGUUGGUCAGAUAACUGUAGAGUCUGACCCUACAUGGCUGCAUGACCUGAUAAAAAGGAAAAUUUUCUCCAAAAAAAAUCAAUACACAUAAUUUGAAAAAAUAUUGUAACUUUUUAUUAGAUAUAAUAAACUUUAAAAAAAAAAAUGUAAGUCAUCGAAGCUUCCAGUUUGGUUAUCUUGGUGUAAAAUUUUAAAUUCACUUUGAAUUUGGAGUGAUUACAGAAUACUACCAUCAGCAAAGCUGACUUGAGCUGGCUGAGAUUUUUCCAGUUUGGCUGUUUUUACCCUGUAUUGAAAUUUACUUUGAAUUCUCACUUUAAUGAAUAACCCUAAAGCUGGACAAGUAUCUGCUUGUUACCCCUGGUCUGCAAUCUAUUGAUUAAUGGAUUAUUAUUAACUUUCAUCCCUAAUUGGAAGUGGUAUCAGCUAUUCUUGUUUGUUUUACCUCUAUUGGUACCUCAGUAUGUGUAAUGUUUUGGAACGAUCAAUAAAUAAUACUGUACCUUUGACCUUUCAGUUUCUUGGUAAAAAAACAACAACACUUGGACGCAGAAUUAUUAGCAUCCAUUAAGACAUCAUUAAUACUGAAUGAGCUGUAUCUUUAACAUUAAAGGAUAGAGAAUGUCUAUGCAGUGCAUUAAUCCCAUCACGUGACAACCAGGAUGGAGAAUGAAGCAUAUUGGUUUUCCAUCUAAUGAGACAGAAGUCCUGGCUCUUCAUUUCUAAAGUUACAGUGAAUUCCUAAAAUCCAAUUAUAUUCCCUCUGCAAUUGGGUUAUUUUACUAUUUAUAAAGCGACAACAAAUUCUGCAGCGCCAGGAGUUAGCCAUCUGGCCACCUCAGGGAACCCCCGAUGCCAUGCUAGGUAAGGCAGAGCAGGCACCUUCUUACCUUGAUGGCAGGUGCCUGCUCUGCCAACAAAUGCCGUUUACCUGAAGAGAGGGGGAUGGAGAAAGCAGGCGGCGAUGGAGGCUGUUCUUGCAGCCUCUCACUCCUCCCUCGCACGCCUUCUGUGAUGCUGGGAGCCGAAAUAUGACGUCAUUCCGGCCUCAGCAUACUAAACAGCGGGCAGGAGGAGUGAGUGUGUGUGUGUCAGUGAGUAAGUGUAUGUCUGUCAGUGAGUGUCUGUAUGUGAGUGUGUGUGUCUGUCAGUGAGUGAGUGUAUGUAUGUCAGUGAGUAUGUGUGUGUGUCUGUCUGUCAGUGAGUGAGUGUAUGUCUGUCACUGAGUGUGUGUGUGUGUGUCAGUCAGUGAGUGUCUGUCAGUGAGUGUCUGUCAGUGAGUGAGUGUAUGUCUGUCACUGAGUGUCUGUGUGUGUGUGUGUGUGUCUGUCAGUGAGUGUAUGUAUGUUAGUGAGUGCGUGUGUGUGUGUGUGUGUCAGUGAGUGAGUGUUGGACUGUCAGUGUGUGUGAGUGUGUGCCUGUGUGUGUGUCUGUCUGUCUGUCAGUGAGUGAGUGUAUGUCUGUCACUGAGUGCGUGUUUGUGUCUGUCAGUGAGUGUCUGUGUGUGUGUGUCUGUCAGUUAGUGAGUGUAUGUAUGUCAGUGAGUGUCUGUGUGCAUCUCUGUCAGUGAGUGAGUGUAUGUCUGCCAGUGUCUGUGAGUGUCUGUCUGUGUGUGUGUUUGUCAGUGAGUGAGUGUAUGUCUGUCAGUGAGUGUCUUUGUGUGUGUCUGUCAGUGAGUGAGUGUAUGUAUGUCAGUGAGUGUCUGUGUGUAUGUCUGUCAGUGAGCGAGUGAGUGUUUGACUAUCAGUGUGUGUGAGUGUCUGUCUAUCUGUGUGUGUGUCUGUCAGUGAGCGUGUAUGGAUAUCAGUGUGUGUCUGUCAGUGAGUGAGUGUAUGUCUGUCAGUAAGUGUAUGUGUGUGUGUCUGUCAGUGAGUGAGUGUAUGUCUGUCAGUGAGUGAGUGUAUGUAUGUUAGUGAGUGUCUGUGUGUGUGUCUGUCAGUGAGUGAGUGAAUGUUUGACUGCCAAUGUGUGUGAGUAUCUGCCUGUGUGUGUCUGUCAGUGACUGUAUGUAUGUCAGUGAGUGUGUGUCUGUCAGUGAGUGAGUGUAUGUAUGCCAGUGAGUGUCUGUGUGUGUGUGUGUGUGUGUAUGUCUGUCAGUGAGUGAGUGUUUGACUGUCAGUGUGUGUGAGUGUCUGUCUGUGUGUGUGUGUCAGUGAGUGAGUGUAUGGAUGUCAGUGAGUAUGUGUCUGUCAGUAAGAGCGUGUAAGUCUCUCAGUGAGUGAGUGUAUGUCUGUCAGUAAGUGUGUGUGUGUGUGUCUGUGUGUGUGUGUGUCUAUCAUUGAGUUUCUGUGUGUGUGUCAGUGAGUGAGUCUAUGUGUGUUAGUGAGUGAGUGUAUGUCUGUCAUUGAGUGUGUGUCUGUCAGUGAGUGUGUGGGUCUGCCAGUGAGUGAGUGACACGAGGGGGCGGCAAAAUGGAUCUUUGCCUAGGGCGGCAGAAAUCCUUGCAGCGGCCCUGAGUCCAGACAAUUUGCAUCCAUCUGUCCAUGCAAGGAUUAAACUAACCAGAGAAUUUAGUUGGCAGUUUUCUAGAGCAUUUUUUUUAAAUGAAUAGUGCAGGCACCAUAACCUCUACAGCUUGCUGCGGUGUUUUUAGUGCCAGGAGUGUUAUGGUGAUUUUGAUUGUUUGGUUGUUUUUGUUGUUGUUGUGAAGACACAGACAACAGAAUCAGCAGCUAUAUUAAUAUGUCAGGAACACAAGUUUGCGAUAAAGAAAAUAAGACAUCAGUAAGACACGCUGACAUGGUUGCACAUGAAAAAUAACAAUAAGUGUGUUCAGGGCAUGUAUAUGUUAUGCAGAGUUACUAGACAGUAGGGGUCACACAAUCGGCCAUACUAACUUAGUAACAAAGAAAUCACAACUGUACUUAUUAAAAAUUAAUGAAUGGUAUAAUUGGAACAAGCAAAUAAAAUACUGCUGGCGUAGCUGGUAAGUUAGCAUGUGGAGGCAGCACACAAAGAAAUAGGGACUGAAUUGUGAACAAAACUGGUUAUACAAACUACCAUUUCUCCAGACAUUAAAGAGGCAGUCAAUUCACAUAUUGGCUCUCAAUCAAUUCCAUGCUCAGGAAUUAGCCGGCCAGUCCGCCACCGAAGCCACACAGGCCUCCUGAGGAUCCAUGUGGCACUCAAAUAUGUAUGCAUACUGUAUGCUAUCGCCAAGACUUAUAUCUUAAUCGAUGCCCAAUGAUAGCAGGCCGAGGGAUGUCUGCGCCUAGUGUGUCAGUUUUGGAAUAAUAUUCUGGCAAGGAUUGGCAGAAGCUCCAUGUAGCCCACCAUAAAGCAGAUGUGGCUCAGCUUGGGGCAUUGUAUCGGUCCCCAGCGUAGGUAAGUGAGGUAGCAAUCAUAAGCAGGCCCCAAAGUUGGUGUGCUCCCUGGGUGUGUGUAUGAGCAAUACAGUCCCGAAGCAUUGGCUUAGUGUAGCCCAGAAUCCUUUACAUAGGGCAACAAAUGUGAUGAGUAAAUCUGUGAUUUCCAAGGACACGUGAGUGAUUGGCUAGGAAUCAGCAGCCAUCUUAGGUGUGUGUGGACGCCUCAAAGUCAUCCGCCGUUGGGCAAACUCCAGGGUGGACUGGGAUGACCCCCACUGGUGCAAGGAGCCAGCAAUAAGUAAUGUUGAACAGCAGAUGUGUCACAGGUGUGGUGUAUUACCAAACUAUAUACAUUAUGCACGCGUACACAUAUAAACUCUCCUCCGUUUACUUUAACAAAUAUUUAUUCGGGGUAAAACAACAACAGCAUACAAAUAAUGACACACAAUCUAACUAAACCAACAACCACAAUCUAACCAACUAACAAUAACAACUAAACCUUAUAAAUUCAUCAAAUCCCACUCACAGUUCACCACGAUAACCUUAGCCCAUGUCUGCUCACAUGUUUGCUCAAUAGCACAGCCAAGAAGGAACAGGGAGGAACAUAGAUAAAGGGAAGUGGUUAUAUCUUUCUGACUUGUAAAGGUAUUGAAUUACCUAAUUACCAUAUCAAAGGGUAAAGAUUAUCCUCCUAUAAGAAAGGCUGGGUCACCAUAUUAGUUUGAAAUAUAUAUAUAUAUAUAUAUAUAUAUAUAUAUAUAUAAAAAAGUGAUACAGCACUCUUACCAUGAUCCCGGUGCUACCACCCUUGGGGCUGGCUACCCCGAUUGUAAUAGUUGAACAAAAUUGUGGUCCAAUUAUGCAGCAGAUUUAUAUGGAAAGAGUGCAUUUCAAUCUCAAAGAGAUAUUUUUUAAGCUCAUUAGUUUGAUGACAGAAUGUGGGCAAGAGAGCAGGGUGCCGGCUGUUCACCUCACUCACUGCCCGAGUAGGCCGCAGUCAGAGAUGCUUCAGAUCUCCCACAAAUGCUCCAAAAUCCUGGUUCUUGGGCUGAGUCACGGCUUCAACACCGAUUUGAACAAUUAGCCUCCGCUUUCUGGUGCAAGGUGAGUAUAUCUGCCGUUAUCAGCGUAAAAGGCUGUAAGAUUCAGGAGCUGCUUUUACAUGUGACCAGUCAGCAUGGCGGUCAGGCCUUGCCCCCCUUUAUUGUUUGUUUUAAGUGUGGACUGCAUAGCUGAAAUAUCAAGUUAAAAGAAAACAGCACAUUUGUCUAUAAACUGCUCCCUAGCCAUACAUGAAAAUGUAAAUCAUGAAAACGUGUGGUUUGUUUUAAUUUAUUUGUUUUGUCUUUUUAGAAAUAUGGGGAGGGUGUAUAACAUAAGAGAUUAUGUGAUAUUACUUGCCAUGCACCCGACAGGUUCAGCAAAAUCACAGUGGAACAAAUUAUUUUAUUACAUAGCGGUGAAAAACUAACAUAAUACUGUUCUAAUAAUCUACUGAUGUGCAAUUUGAGAACAUUUAGGGGAAUGCAGAUUCCCACCAAGACAGCAGAUUGUAAACAUUAUAUCAACAAAAUAUGUGCUGUAAAUAAAGCAUUCUUUCUAAAUCCAUCUGUGUUUUAAAAGGUGCAGCAGGCUGGUAUUUCACCUUGCAAAAAUGUCUCAGUAUGUCUGAAAGUCCCUUCCUAAAUGCUUCACUCCUGCCUGCAUUUAAGUAUUAUCAUUGCAUACCUCCCAACAAUCAGGAGAGGAGAAUCAGGAUGGGGUGUGCAGGUCAGAGGGGGCCUCACCAGUGAUGUGACUUGGGUCACUAGCAAUACCAUAACGGAGUGUCUACUUGUCUGACCCCCAGCCUAGUUCAGGACCAUGUAAAUAUCUUUCUGUGAUUGAUUUAUGAAAUAAGGUGGAAUUUUUAUUUUACUACAAGGUAAUUUCUUACCUAUACUUACCAAUACUGAUGGGCUUCAGGAACACAGAGGCACACUUACAGGGUUAUUCACUAAAGUGAGAAUUCAAAGUGAAUUUAAAGGAACACUAUAGUCAUCAAAACAACUUUAGCUUAAUGAAGAAGUUUUGGUGUAUAGAUCAUGCCUCUGCAGUCUCACUGCUCAUUUCUUUGCCUUUUAGGAGUUAAAUCACUUUGUUUAUACAGCCAUAGCUACACCUCCCUGCAUGUGACUUACACAGCCUUCCAAAACACUUCCUGUAUAGAGUCAUCUAAUAUUAACGCUUCCUUUACUGCAAAUUCUGUUUAAUUUAGCAUUUCAUACCUCCUGCUCUGUUAAAGCUUGCUAGAUCCUUCAGGAGUUUCCUGUAUGUGAAUAAAAUUCAAUUUAGAGAGCAGGAGAUAAAAACUUUUAAAGUAAGUUACAUCUGAUUGAAAUUUAAACCAUUUUUUUGUUUCAUGCAGGCUGUGUCAGUCACAGCCAAGGGAGGUGUUACCAGGGCUGCCUAAACAGAAACAAAAAGGAUUUAACUUAUAAAUGGCAGAGAAGCGAUCAAUGAAACUUCAGGGGAAUGAUCUAUACACCCAAACUGCUGCAUUAAGUUACGUUUGUUUUGGUUAUUAUAGUGGCCCUUUACGGCCAAAGUAGCCAAAUUGGAAAAUGUCUGCAAAUCAGCUAUGCUUCUAGUUUAGUAUAUAUAUAUACAGACAGACAGAAAACAGAUAGAUAGAAAGAUCUUCGUGAAGCUGAGAAGAAUUUUACAUCUUCUUUUUCAGAUGCCAUGAAUUAUGCAAACACUGAUUGUUCUUGAAUACACCCUACAAUACCCUCUUUACUAGUUUCCUUGUCUUGGCCCCAAAGGGCAAAGGAUGUAAAGCUCAGCAUGUGUUCUUUAGUCUAUCUUUACUUCAAAAGACAAUGAAGGCUUCUGAUGUUUGCUACUGGUGAGAGGGGCAGGCCUAAUUUUUUUAUUUUAAUGGAUCUAAAAUAAACCUAUUUUGAUAAAUUUCCCAUAACUUUCAUGGUACUCCUUGGCAUUCUUGAUAGAAAGCAACCUGUUGUCAGUCCAUAAACUUCUGAAUUUGCUCGUUUGAAACAGAAAGAUGGAAAAAUUCCCAUUGCAUUGUAUGGAGCUGGGCAAAUGGAGCUUUAUUUAAUCAUUUAGAUUGUGCUUUGCAGAUCUUAUAACUUUUUGAAACAUUUCUAAUGUUUGUAAUGUGAUCAUCUUGGGAUCUUAAUGGAACAAUAUAAUGGCACUAUGGUACAGAUAGGUACUUUUUCGAGAUUGGUCCAAUUAAACCUUCUUCAGCAGACAGCACAGGUACAUUGUACCGUAAUCCCAAAAGGAUGACUGACCUAGAAUCAAACAAAAUGAACAAUAACUAGAUCAAGGUUAGAACAAAACCAAUUUUCAAAUCAGUAUAGUAAAAAAAAACAAGCUAAUAAUGUGAAACAGUAAUCUGCACUAACAUUUUUAUCUAGGUCAUCUGUUAGAUUAUAUGUUAAAAUAUGCUCAGAAACUUUCGUUCAUUCUGUUCUCAUAACAGUUAGUGUUGGGAGACUGGAACCUAAAUGUACAUUUUAAUGCUGUUAUUGAUACUCCUAAAACAGCUUGGUUCUGGAGCACUGCAAAGAUUGAGGACUGAUAAGUACAUUUACACAAGCACUUACAAAUAGAAAGAUCAAACCACUUCUGUUACACAUAUGGAAGAGGAGCAGGUUUGGAAUGUUCUGAAAAAGGUACAUAAAACCAAAAAAUAAAUGUAAUAAUACAUUUUGAUGCAUAUUUUCAUAUGUAUAUAUAUUCAGAUCUCUCAGCAUGUUAAAUGGCCAAAUGGAGAUCAUUUUUCUGUGAAUUGUUAGGUGACCAUGACAUAUUAAUGCCCAAUUUCUUAGAUCAGUAUGCCAUUUGUAACAAGUCAUUUGUUCACACUCAGUCCUAGUGUCGUUUAUAGCAGUUUUAACACAUUUUAUUAUGAGUUGAUUGUUGGAGCUCUGUGAUGCGCUUGUACAACUCAAACAGGUCCCAGAAAAGACAAGCUGCAUGGUAAAAACAAAAGUCAGAGAGAUAUGCGCACCAAACCGCAAGAAGUGAGCAUUGCCUGUCAUUGUGCUGUGAUUAGUUGGCUUCCAUGCCAAACGAAUACAGUGUUCGUACUGAGCGUUUAAAGUGAGGGAAGGCCUUUAUAAAGGCUAUUCCCACCUUGAAUGCUCAGUCUGUGUGAUAACAUUAAUGGGUUCACUAGGAUCAUUUUUUUUAAUGGUGCGGUUUCCAUUUUUUGCAGCUUUUUUUACAACUUGGGUCUAUUUUAUUGUAGACAGUUUUGUCGACAUAUGAUGGUUUGUUUGGCUAUUUUUUGCCAAAAUUAGAAGAUUGAAAAAAGAAGAUCCAUAAUUAAGAUUUAAAUAGUAAGUAUACUUUUUUGAAGAUAUAAAAGAAACCAAGGGGAAAUGAUUCCUCUUGGAUAUAUAGGAAGGAAAAGUUAUGGUCUAGAGAAAAGGGGGAUAUCCACUAAACAACUGGUAAAACAACCCACACCCUAGGUUGAAUAAAUAGACAAUACAAGAUAAAAAGCAAAGAGAAAACAAUCUGAUUGCUCAAACCAGGAGUGGAUACCAACACCCAAAGAAUACUAUACAGUGGCGUACAUACCAGGGUCGCCCGGCCGCCCCUGCAACCCGGUAUGUAGCCACAGGGCCAGCCUCUUCCCCUGGGGUGCCCAGGAGCCGACCACUCCAGGGCCCCCAGAGGCUGGCCCUGCUGACCCCGGCGGGCAGGUGGCCGGUCGGGCAGGCGGGCGCGCGAGGGAGCACUCAGUGAGGGAGCUGAAGAAGAAGCACUGAGUGCUCCCUCGCGCGCCCGCCUGCCCGACCGGCCACCUGCCCGCCGGGGUCAGCAGCACCACUGGACCCCAGGGAAUCCCCCCAGCGCUCCAAAAGGUAAGGAGGCUGGGGGGAUUACAUUUAAAAAAAAAAAAAAAGUGUGAGUGUGUAUGAGUGUUAGAGUGUGUGUGAGUGUUAGUGUUAGUGUGUGUUAGUGUUAGAGAGUGAGUGUUAGUGUGUGUGUGUCUGCUAGUGAGUGUUAGUGUGUGUGAGUGUUAGAGUGUGUUAGAGUGAGUGUGUCUGCUAGUGAGUGUUAGAGUGAGUGAGUGUGUCUGCUAGUGAGUGUCAGUGAGUGUUACUGUGUGUGUCUUACUGAGUGUGUGUGUUAGUGAGUCUGUUUGAUGUCUGUUAGUGAGUGUGUGUUGGUCAAUGAGAGUGUAUGUUUUGUAAGUGAGUGUGUAUGUAUGUCUGUCGCUGAGUGUGUCUCAGUAAAUGUGUGUGUCUGUUAGCUAGUGUGUAUGCGUCUGUAAGUGAGAGUGUGUGUGUCUUCAGCACUUACCUUUCUCCAGCGCCGGACUCCCCUGGCGCUGAGGAUCCCUCAGCCUCUCAGCUCCGAAUGCGACAGCGCACGCAUUCAAACCGCCCAUAGGAAAGCAUUACUCAAUGCUUUCCUAUGGACGUUCAGUGUGCUCCUCUAGCGGCUGUCAGUGAGACAGCCACUAGAGGCUGGAUUAACCCUCAGUGAAACAUAGCAGUUUCUCUGAAACUGCUAUGUUUUCAGCUGCAGGGUUAAAACUAGAGGGACCUGGCACCCAGACCACUUCAUUGAGCUGAUGUGAUCUGGGUGUCUGUAGUGGUCCUUUAAGUGUGUGUGCAUCUGCAUGCGCUGGCGUACAUACCGCGGUCGCAGGGGUCCCAGCCCUGUAACACCUGCGACCAGGUGCCCACCGCCCUGUGUUGCCCACGGAUCAAUUUUCGCACCGGGGCCCCAUGGGUCAUGUGUACGCCACAGAUACUAUAUAAAAGAGGGAAUAGAAAGGUAAACUGGUAACAUACACAGUAUCACUGCACAGUAAGCAAAUAGAAACAGACCUAGGUCACAAUUGAGUAAAUGUAUCUCAAUAAAUGAAUAUACAUUGUAUCAGUGCAAAUAAAGAUUGUCCACAGUCUUCGUUCAAGUAAUAAACAGACAUUGUAGUUUAGUGCUCAGUCCAGAAGAUAUCCUUUCAAUGUAAGCUCAUAUAUGUAAAAUCUGUCUGGUAUACUCUCUAUAUGAAAAGCAGGGAAACUGGCCAAUAUGAGCUAAAUAUGCCCUAGUAACAGACUAGUAUAAUAAUCAAUAAUAGUAUGGUACAUUAAAAAAAAGGAAUAUUGCAUAUGUAGAAAUGUGGGAUAAACAGUUCUACAUCUAUUAUCGAUAAUAAAUCCUGGAACGUUAUCUUCUAGUGUCAAUCAUUGAACUGUGCGAUAUAUAGUUCAGAGGCAGAGAAUUCUUCUUAUAAAAAUACUUUAUUAUACUACAAAUAUAUGUGUAUAAAAUAUAAAAUAAAGACAAGCAAUUGCUCACAGAUAGCAUAAAAAAGGGAACCUUCCUUUGGUGUCUUCCUCCCAGCAGUCUGGGUACUCUAGAAAUGCUGUCUCAUCAGAGCCAGCUUCAGAGGCAACUUCAGAGUCCUUGUUGACCAAAGCUCGUCGGGGAGAUCCACUGCGUGCGUUCCACUUUGCUUCAGUAUUCGUUCCACUGUGAGUGUGUGAAAAGAUGCAGCCUUACGCGUUUUGUGACGUCCUGUCACUUCAUCAGAGGAAUGCAUCUUUCGUGUGCCGAUGGAUUUAUAUACCCCUUUGGCAGUAUUAACUAUCCAUAGGGUUAACCCUUUCAUCACUUGAUGACUAUUAACCCAUAAGUGACAUGGCUAACAUAACCUUGUAAAAUCCAUACAUAUAAUUAAUCUAAAACCACAGAAUAUACAUAUAAUGGAUAUAUUAAAACCAUUGUAGUUUAAGACAUAAUGAAAUAAAGAUAUAAUCAAAUAAAGGAUAACGAAAUAAAAACUGAAAAACAAAUAAUGGGUAAUAAAACCACAAUCAUAAGUUAGUAGAAUUACAAUAAAAUAAUAUAGUAGAAUUAGCUCUGCAUGAAUAACAAUAAAUUAAUAAAUAACAGGGAUAUAUAUCACCCUAUAUGACCACAUCUUAAUGAAAAAAAUCUCAUAUAAAAUAUAAAUCUCAUAUAAAAUAUUAAAAAAAGACAUCGUAUAAAAGCUUAGAAUAGAGCAAGACUCAAUCUCUUUAGAAAUGAUAAAAAAUGAUAAAAAAUUUAAUUAAAUUUAUCCUUAUAUACUACUAAGAAGAUCGAAUAUGUAAAAGCAAAUACCUCCUCAUUUUUAUGGGAAGAGCAUAGUAUCUAUGAAUCACCCCUUAGUUAAAGUGCUACUAAAUGGUGUACCAUCACCACUUCAAAAAUUCAGAAAAAAUUCAAAAAAAAAACCAAACUAGAUACCUUUGGUGACAUAGAAUCUAACAUCGUGUUCAAAACAUGGAGACAGAAGAAGAUAUGCUUUAGUCAAUAUAUAAAAGAGAAGAUGAUUAGACUUAUAGAAUAAAAAAUAUGUAAUAAAAGAUAUUCAGAAUGAAACAUAAAGAAAUAAUGUAGCUAUUCUCAUUCUUGGGAGUUUAUAAAAAAGCAUUAAAUUCAAAGUCAAGAUUUAGACCCUUAGGUUCUAAAGUAUCCAACUGGAAGAUCCAUUUGGCUUCUGCUCUAUCUAGACCUUUUUCAAAAUCACCUCCUCUCCAGUGUAAAGAGACCUACUCUAUGGCCAUAAAUUGUAAUUCUCCUGGAUCGCUUGAGUGUGUGAUAUGGAAAUGUUUAGAGAGGUUAUGUGUUGGGAGGCUCUUCUUGAUAUUUCAAAUAUGUUCAGCUAUCCUGAUUUUAAAUACUUUCUUUGUCCUGCCAAUGUAAUAUUUACCGCAGUGACAUAUCAACAAAUAUAUCACUCCACUUGAAUUGCAGUUUAGAUUUCCUUUACUCUUAAAAGUCUCAUUAGUUAUUGGAUGUUUAAAUUGAUUAAUAAGGGGUACUUGUGUUAUGAUGUUUUUGCAUCCCAUACAUUUCCCACAUUUGUGGAAUCCCAUUGAAAUUGGACCGGACUGUUUCUUCUUCUCUUCUUUCAAUGUUGGGGCUAUCAUUAUUUUUAAAUUAGGUGCCCUGGAGUAUAUGAUCUUUGGUUUACUUCCCAGGAUCUGGUCUAAUAGAGGGUCACCUUUGAGUAUAUUCCAGUGUUUAUUGAGGAUCUUGUUCAAUUUAAAGGACUGGUUGCUAUACUGAGUAAUGAAUGCUGGAAUCUCCAUAUUCUGUUGUGGUUCUUUGUAUUUCUUCAUUAGUGUAUCUUCUCUUGGUGUUUCAAUUGCUCUCUUGAGAGCACCCUCUACUAAAUCUACUAAAUAUCCUUUGUUUAAGAAUUGUUUCUUCAUAUCUUUCAUUUGUAAUUCACACACUUCCAUUUCUGAACAGUUCCACCUAAUUCUUCUGAAUUGACUGUAUGGAAUGUUAUUCAGCCAUGUCUUCUUAUGAUAACUAUUGAAGGGUAUAAAAGUGUUACAGUCCAUUGUUUUUUUAAAAGUUUUUGUGUUAAUGAUGUCAUCUUUAAUGUAAAUUUCUAAGUCCAGAAAUUCUACUGCUUCUUUCGAGUGUUGAAAGGUGAAUUUCAAAUGAUAUGGAUUAAAAUUCAGAUACUUCUAAAGCCAUCAGAUCACCUUUCCAAAUAAAAAUGCAAUCAUCUAUAUACCUCUGCCAUAGGACCAGGUUUGCCACCGCAGGGGAGUUAUUCCAAAUGAAUCCAUCUUCCCAUUUACCCAUGAAAAGAUUCGCAUAGCUCGGUGCAAACCUGAUACCCAUGGUAUUCCCUUCUAUUUGCAGAGAAUUGGUUAACCUUUUGUGAAUCUUUGGUAGGUGAUAAAAUACUGCUAGUUUAGGGUGUUUGCAUAGAAUGUGGUCUGAUUCCCUUUUUGAUAGUAUUCCACGCUCUUUGCCCAUAUUCACUAAUUCCACAAGUUCGUCCGUAAAUGAUUGACUUGGAUUCUGCUUUAGUUUCAGAUACGUGUCUGUAUCACUCAGGAGUCUUCGAUUUUCAUUUUCAUAGUCUUGACUAUUCAUGAUUACUACUCCCCCCCACCCCUUUGUCUGCUGUCUUUAUGGUAAUUUUAUUAUCUUGCAUCAAUACUUUCAAAGCUUUUCUCUCCUUCUUUGUGAGAUUGUCCUUAGGAUCCGUAUAGUUUUUCAUGGCUCUUAGAUCUUUAUCAAUCAUCCUUUCAAAAACUCUGAUGUUCUCACUUUUCAUUUGUUGUGGGUAGAAUUUUGAUUUAGGGUGGAGGUUGGUAUGUACAUAGCCAUCCUCCAUUCUUUCCUUAGUAUAUUUAUUUUCCAAAAAGAAAUGUUUUACAGUAAGCUUUCUGAUGAACUUGUGCAAAUCAAUAAAUAUGUUGAAUUUUAAAUUCUGUGAAUUGGGAACAAAUUUCAGUCCCUUUUUAAGGAGUGAUAUCUCAUCUACAGUUAAUUCGUGAUCUGAUAGAUUAAAAAGGCUAGUGACUUCUUCAGUUUCUAGUUCAUUUACUCUUUUUUUAGUUCUUCUUUUUCUUCUCUUCUUGGUCUUUUAUAUAUAUAUCCCUGUUAUUUAUUAAUUUAUUGUUAUUCAUGCAGAGCUAAUUCUACUAUAUUAUUUUAUUGUAAUUCUACUAAUUUAUGAUUGUGGUUUUAUUACCCAUUAUUUUUUUUCAGUUUUUAUUUCUUUAUCCUUUAUUUGAUUAUAUCUUUAUUUCAUUAUGUCUUAAACCAUAAUGGUUUUUAAUAUAUCCAUUAUAUGUAUAUUCUGUGGUUUUAGAUUAAUUAUAUGUAUGGAUUUUACAAGGUUAUGUUACCUAUGUCACUUAAGGGUUAAUAGUCAUCAAGUGAUGAAAGGGUUAACCCUAUGGAUAGUUAAUACUGCCGAAGGGGUAUAUAAAUCCAUCGGCACACGAAAGAUACAUUCCUCUGAUGAAGUGACAGGACGUCACGAAACGCGUAAGGCUGCAUCUUUUCACACACUCACAGUGGAACGCAUACCGAAGCACAGUGGAACGCACGCGGUGGAUCUCCCCGACGAGUUUUUGUCAACAAGGACUCUGAAGUUGCCUCUGAAGCCGGCUCUGAUGAGACAGCAUUUCUAGAGUACCCAGACUGCUGGGAGGAAGACACCAAAGGAAGGUUCCCUUUUUUAUGCUAUCUGUGAGCAAUUGCUUAUCUUUAUUUUAUAUUUUAUACACGUAUAUUUUUAGUAUAAUAAAGUCUUUUUAUAAGAAGAAUUCUCUGCCUCUGAACUAUAUAUCGCACAGUUCAAUGAUUGACACUAGAAGAUAACGUUCCAGGAUUUAUUAUCGAUAAUAGAUGUAGAACUGUUUAUCCCACAUUUCUACAUAUGCAAUAUUCCUUUUUUUUUAUGUACCAUACUAUUAUUGAUUAUUAUACUAGUCUGUUACUAGGGCAUAUUUAGCUCAUAUUGGCCAGUUUCCCUGCUUUUCAUAUAGAGGGUAUACCAGACAGAUUUUACAUAUAUGAGCUUACAUUGAAAGGAUAUCUUCUGGACUGAGCACUAAACUACAAUGUCUGUUUAUUACUUGAACUAAGACUGUGGACAAUCUGUAUUUGCACUGAUACAGUGUAUAUUCAUUUAUUGAGAUACAUUUACUCAAUUGUGACCUAGGUCUGUUUUUAUUUGCUUAUUGUGCAGUGAUACUGUGUAUGUUACAAGUUUACCUUUCUAUUCACUCUUUUAUAUAUAUUUAGUAUUCUUUGGGUGUUGGUAUCCACUCCUGGUUUGAUACUUUUUUGAAGGAUUAUUUGUAUUUUUGAGUAUUUGACGCCCUCGUAACUUAUAUGAAGGUGGUAGGUAAAGACAUAUGUUGUGGGUAUAGAGGCGCAUUUAUGGGAGACUAGAGAUCUCCAGCAUCCUCAUAUUGGAGCACAUUUUGGGACACAGGAGACUUUUGAGGCACAGAAAGGGUUAAUUAUAACUUUGUGCUGUUGUAGUUGCUAUGGUAAUUUAUUGUUCUAUGCAUUUCACGAUAAUCUAAUAUUUGGUGAUCAGUUCCAAUUAGAGGUUAAAUGUAGGGGUUAAGGUUGGAAACUUGUCGAUAAUUUACAGCCGUUAAAAUCUACUAGCCAAUUUUAAUAAUAACAGCUUAAGGCAGAUAUAAACGACAAGGUUGAAAAGGAGCCGUUAGCUGGCUACAGUGACAGAUUGCACUUCCCAAGAAUGCAAUCCCACCACUCUAGGAGGAUGGAUGGCGCAUUAACUGAUUGCUGCUAAUGAGCUUGGUCUGUAUGCUUAAUCCUGCUUAAUUCUGUUUAAUGAAAAUAGUUUUAUUAGUGCAGUCUAAAAAAAUAUCCCUCUUACCUGUAGGUUACUGAAACGCUGACUUCAGUGCAAAAUUUAGAGUAUAAUGUGAAGCCUCCUGAGCCCCUAAAUGUACAUCAAUACGAGGACCCAAGAGAUGACCACAAGUCUCCUGAGCCCAUAAAUGUACAUUAAUAUGAGGACCCAAAAGAUGACCACAAGUCUCCUGAGCCCAUAAAUGUUCAUUAAUAUGCGGACCCAAAAGAUGACUACGAGUCUCCUGGGCCCAUAAAUGCGCCCCUUGUGCCAGCCAAAGUUAAACAGGGUUAUUCACAAAACUCCCUAUUUCGGCAGAUUAAAUCCCAAUGGUAAAACUGAGACUAAACAACAUGUUGUGCCUAUAGUGGAGAUGGAGAAUUUUUGUUCUGUUUAUUAAAUAUAUAUAUAAAUUGACCAAUCCUUGGUGGUCCAAACAAUAAAAGAAGAAAAAUAGAUAUAAUGCACAAAGAAAGUAGUAUGUUUGAUUAUAAUAUCAAACUGUGUGAGGUCUUAAUCACAAGUUAAAAACUUUACAAAAAAUAUCUCACAUAAAUGGCGCCCAAAACAGUUUAUAUGGGCUAUUCCAUCAUGUUUCGUUAUUCUAUAUUCUUUCCUCCAGGGACUCCCAAAUAUAAAAAGAGCUGACAGGCAGUAGUGUGAUAUGUUUAAUUGUACAGUGAUCCAACUACAAUUAUAACAUAUGCUUGUUAUUAACUAGGAAACAGCCAAUAUCAAACCACAAUCAAUAGUGUAAGACAAGUGCAAAGGUUGUUUAGGGUAGCUUAGAAAAUCCAAUGUGUUUAUUGUAUGAUUAAAGGGACACUAUAGUUACCAAGAAAACUUUAGCUUAAUGAAGCAGUUUUGGUGUAUAUACUAUGCCCCUGCAACCUCACUGCUCACUUAUCUGCAAUUUAAGAGUUAAAUCACUUUGUUUAUGUAGCCCUAGUGACUUACACAGCCUUCCUAAACAUUUCCUGAAAAGAGUCAUCUAAUAUUUACAUUUCCUGUAUUUGUUUAAUUUAGAAUUUCUUAUCUCUGACUCUGUUAUUGGAAUUCUAGAACCCACAGGAGCCUACUGUGUGUAAUUCAAGUUUAAUUUACAGAGCAGGAGUUAAAACUUUUAAAGUAAGUUACAUCUAAUUGAAAUUGAAACAAUUUGGCUAGGGCUACACAAACAGAAACAAAAGUGAUUUAACUCCUAAAUGGCAAAAAAAAAAAAAAAAAGCAGUGAGACUUUGGAUGCAUGAUCUAUACACAAAAACUGCUUCAUUAAGCAAAAUAUGUUUUGGUGACUAUAGUGUCAGUUUAACUUGCUGUCACUUACUUGCAUUGGAAGUGGAGCGAAAUUAUAAUGAUAACACACUCACUGCUUGGAAAGGCUAGAUAAAAUUUCACCACCAUCACAUUUUACCAUUCAAGGUAAAAACCUAUACAUGUGAGUUUAAUUAGAAUUGUGUAUUAUAAUAUUGCUUCCCAAUAUGAAAAAUCCUAAAAGAUUGGAGGAAUAUGUCCACCUAAGCUCUUUAACAUGUGAGUAAACAUUUUCCGAUGUAUUGGAUCUAUUUUUUGUUAGUCACUAAUGGAGUAGAUAUAAAAGUAUAGGAGACUGCCAUCUGAGACAUAGUAUGGAUAAUAUAAAGAGAGAGAAAAAGAAAUACAAAAGACUCGAGGACUGAAAAGAAUCCAGUAUAACUCUUCUUCCGUAUGCAUAUCAAACAUAACUUUCAUAUAAUCUGUUUAUCUCUCAGUCUUUAUAUCAUAUUUUUCCUUUUAGAAUUUUACCUACAAACAUUAUGGUGCAUUGCAUAUCUGUCCUAAACUUAAUGGUUGAAGGACAGCUUAUAAAAUCUGCAGUCAUGUGUUAACUAUUUUGUUUCUCUAGCUAAACGGUAUCUAAUCAUUGCAUGUUCUAAAUGUGUAUCUAUAAGCAAACCUCAUUUCUAAAAGUAAUUUACAUGGUAUAGAAAAUGCUGAUAUUAUUGAUACACAGUACAGAUACAUGCAGAUGACAUCAAAUAAAUAACUGCUCUAGUUGCUACCUGUAGAGGGCAGAAGUACCACCUACGGGAGGUUUGUUUUACUCUCCUUUGUCAGGCAAUUCUUUGGCACAAUGUCUAUGCCAAAGAAUUGACUGACAGGUGGGAUAAAGACCUUUUUAAAAUAUACUUAUUUCCUAAUCUGUGCAUUUGCUGUUGACUCUGCUAACACAAUGCGCAGAUGGAAUUGCAUGAUCUUUUAAAAGAGCACAAGCUGUAGGUACCGUGCCAGUUACCCUAUAAAACAUGCUGUAUGGGGGCAUGCACUCUCUACACUCCAGUCUGUACAUCAGAAGAUAAUCCCCUCUGCCAGCUUUGGCAUUUACAGCAUAAGCUUCUUAGUGCUGGGGGAUAUUGAGAGAUAGGAGAGGACUGGACUGUGAAUCACAUCUUAGAAUGAGGAAUCAAAUUAAACAUGGUCUGAGCAGACCGCAGACAACACAUUUUUAUCUGCUAUCAGUUUUUCUUGGUACUUACAUUUUGUGAUGAAAUGUGGGAUUGAAGUAGUAAACAAUGAAUGGCCAGAAUGUAUUAUGACAUUUUGGGGAUAUUUUAUUUUUAUUGUUAAAAAUAUACAGUAUCUCACAAAAGUGAGUACACCCCUCACAUUUUUGUAAAUAUUUUAUUAUGUCUUUUCAUGUGACAACACUGAAGAAAUGACACUCUGCUACAAUGUAAAGUAGUAAGUGUACAGUCUGUAUAACAGUGUAAAUUGGCUGUCCCCUCAAAAUAACUCAACACACAGCCAUUAAUGUCUGAACCGUUGGCAACAAAAGUGAGUACACCCCUAGGUGGAAAUGUCCAAAUUGGGCCCAAAGUGUCAAUAUUUUCUGUGGGCACCCUUAUUUUCCAGCAUUGCCUUAACCCUUAUAGGCAUGAAGUUCAUCAGAGCUUCACAGGUUGCCACUGGAGUCCUCUUACACUCCUCCAUGACAACAUCACGUAGCUGGUGGAUGUUAGAGACCAUGCGCUCCCCCAACUACUGUUUGAAGAUGCCCCACAAAUGCUCAAUAAGGUUUAGGUCUGGAGACAUGCUUGGCCAGUCCAUCACCUUUACCUCUAGCUUCUUUAGCAAGGCAGUGGUAGUCUUGGAGGUGUGUUCGAGGUUGUUAUCAUGUUGGAAUGCUGCCCUGCGGCCCAGUCUCCUAAGUGAGGGGAUCAUGUACUGCUUCAGUAUGUCACAGUAUAUGUUGGCAUUCAUGGCUCCCUCAAUGAACUGUAAAUGUAACAGUGCCAGCAGAACUCAUGUUGUGAGGAACUGACUCUACUGGGUUUCGAACCCUGGUUUACAUGGUGCUAAACCUCUUCCUUACCAGUACACCAGCCUACCUUUUGCAAAUUUACCUGAGAUCUGAUACUAUUGCUUGUAGAGUCAAGGUUAUCAGUGACAACUCUCUUCAGCUGUGUCUGGUCAGGUGUCUGGUUCUUGGCCUAUAAAAGCCACUUCCUGUCUCUGUACCUUUGCCAGAUUAUUGUGGUUCCUGUACUCUCUAAUCAAGCGUGUUCCUGUUUCUCCUUCCUGUUGCUGAAUUUGGACUGUUUUGACUUUGCUGCUUCUCCUUCCCACUGACCUUGGCUUGCCUCACUACGAUUAUCAUCUUUCUGUUCCAGUCUCCCAUCUCUGCUUAAGACCAGAAGGCCACUCAAGGCUCAGGGGCUCAACCACCUGGGUAACGAGUGGCUACCUCUGGCAGAAAACAUUGCUGAUCUGGCUACUGGACUCCAAAACUUUGUAACAUCAAUAUCAUUACAGAAUAAUCUGGCACAUUCAUGGAGACCGUCGGAUCAGAUUCUGCAUUGGCCCAGCAGGUUGCUUUUAAUGCAAGAACUAUGCAGACCCAGGCACAGACCAUUCAAGUGCUGCAGGAUCAGGUAGCUGAACUGCAAAAUGAAGUUCGAUCAAUGCAUAGUGAGCUUACCAGCUACAGGGCACAUGAUGUUGUGGCUGCUGCUACUACUACUGUUACACCUGCACAAGAUGCCCGCUUGCCUCUACCAGAAAAAUUUGGAGGAGACCGCAAAAAAUGUAGGGGUUUCCUAAAUCAAUGCCGUUUGCAUUUCAUGAUGUUACCUAACCGUUUUCCAUCUGAAAGAGAGAAGGUGGGAUUUAUUUUCUCCCUCUUCAAAGAUGAAGCCCUGGCCUGGGGCUGCCCUUUUCUGGAACAGGACAGUCCAGUGUUGGGAAAUUUAAAAGACUUUCUUGAGGCCAUGUGCCUAGUUUUUGAUGACCCCAAUCGCUGUGCUACAGCAGAAGCCACUCUCCUUCAUUUACAUCAAGGGAGGCGCUCUGUGGCUGAAUAUGCUGCUGAAUUCAGACAGUGGGUUACUCAUACUACUUGGAACCAAUCAGCCCAGAGGUUCCACUUCAGAAGGGGUCUCUCAGAAGCUAUAAAAGAUGAGCUAGCUCGUGUUGAUCUUCCUGUUGAGUUUGAUGCAUUUGUGCGGUUGGCUAUCCGUAUUGAUCGGAGACUUUCAGAAAGAAGAUUGGAAAGACAGGGCUCUUUUAAACCAAGUGCUACUCCUACUUUCUAUUCAAGAAUUUCUACUCCGACCCCACAAACACCUACAGACUCUGAACCUGAGGCUAUGCAGGUAGAUCUAAUAAGAGGGCCAUUAUCCAAUGAAGAAAAACAGUGGCGACGCACUCACAAUUUAUGCCUGUAUUGUGGUAGUGUAGGGCAUUAUGCCAUCAAUUGCCCUAGCAAGUCUAAAAGAACAAUAGCUAUGACUGCUGAGGGUGCACAGAUUCAACACCAAUCCCAGAUUUCAGACCAACUGGAUUCUGUCACACAACCCUUGUUUUCUCUGGCUCAGGGUGAGGAGGGUAUGAUGACUCAACAUCCUCAUUUGGUGGUGCCUAUCACUUUGCAAUAUGGUGAUAAUAAAAUUUCAACUACAGCUAUGAUAGAUUCUGGAGCAGGCGGAAACUUUAUGGACAUUAAAUUUGCAGCAGGAAAUAAAAUUCAGUCUAUCCCUAAAUCUUUACCUGUGUUAAUGGAAACAGUAGACGGUUCUCCACUUAUGUCAGGCCCGGUUACACAUGAGACUGUGCCCUUAAAAUUGAUUCUGGAAGUGAAUCACCAUGAGUCUAUAUCUUUCCACCUAAUUUCCUCAACACAGUUUCCAGUGAUUUUGGGUAUACCCUGGCUUGCUCUGCAUAACCCACAGAUUGAUUGGAAGACUAGAACUUUGUACUUUCCUUCAGAACACUGCUUAAUGAAUUGUCAACCCUCUAAGGCAACACCUGUUACCACAACAAUUAAUGAAAUGGUUGCUACAAACUUAACUAAGCUUCCUCUACAAUAUCGGGAUUUUGCAGAUGUCUGUGAUAAGAAGAAUGCUGAUCAGCUUCCACCUCACAGGCCUUAUGAUUGUCCCAUAGAGCUGCUACCUGGAGCUGCUAUCCCAUUUGGCCGUAUAUACUCCCUUUCUGAGCCUGAAUUGAAAGCACUUCGUGCAUACAUACAAGAAAAUCUUGCCAAAGGCUUUAUUCGACCAUCUACUUCUCCAGCAGGAGCUCCUAUAUUCUUUGUAGAAAAGAAAGAUGGCAGUCUACGGCCAUGUGUCGAUUACAGGGACAUUAAUAAGAUCACUGUUAAAAAACGCUAUUCCUUGCCUCUCAUUCCUGAACUUCUGGAGAGACUUCGUUCAGCUAAAAUAUUUACGAAGCUUGAUCUACGGGGGGCAUAUAAUCUGGUUCACAUAAGACCAAAUGAUGAAUGGAAAACAGCUUUCAGAACCAGGUACGGACAUUACGAAUAUCUAGUAAUGCCAUUUGGGCUUUGUAAUGCCCCUGCAACUUUUCAGCAUCUAAUCAAUGAUGUACUACGGGAUCUCCUGGAUCAGUUUGUUGUGGCAUAUUUGGAUGAUAUCCUGAUAUUUUCUGAUAAUCUUGAAAAUCACAGAAAACAGGUCUGCAUUGUUCUUGAGCGCCUUCGUACCCACCACCUAUACAUUAAACUGGAAAAAUGUGAGUUUGAACAAACAGAAAUUCAGUUCCUGGGGUAUGUAAUAACUCCUAAAGGUUUAAGUAUGGACGCAAGUAAAAUUAAAGCUGUGCUGGACUGGCCCAUCCCCAAGAAUGAAAAAGAUAUUCAGAGAUUUGUGGGGUUUGCCAAUUUUUACAGGUGUUUCAUUAAGAAUUUCUCUGCCGUUAUUACACCGAUCACUGAACUUACACGUAAAGGGACUCCUUUUCAGUGGUCCAAUAAGGCUGACACUGCAUUUUCCAGAUUAAAGACUCUGUUUACAUCUGCCCCUAUCUUGGUACAUCCUCAGCCAGAAUUGCCAUUUACUAUAGAGGUAGAUGCUUCUGAUUCAGCUGUUGGGGCUAUACUGUCUCAAAGGACUGGACCUAAGAUGUUGUUACAUCCAUGUGCCUUCUAUUCCCGCCAGAUGUUACCAGCAGAAAGAAAUUAUGACAUAGGGAAUAAAGAACUUUUGGCUAUAAAAGCUGCCUUUGCCGAAUGGAGACAUCUAUUGGAGGGAGCCACCCAUCCAAUUACUGUCCUCACAGAUCACAAAAAUCUGGAAUGUAUUCAAUCCGCUAAGAGAAUGUCAGCCAGACAAGCACGCUGGUCCCUAUUUUUCUCAAGGUUUAAUUUUUUUAUUUCAUACCGCCCUGGUUCCAGAAAUGGCAAGGCGGAUGCCUUGUCUAGGAUAGCUGACCCCCUCCAUACUACAGUAACCAAGGCCACCAUCUUACCGGAGAGUAGAUUUUUAGGAGUUACCUUUCCUUCUGACCUAAUGUCUCGCAUUAAAAAGGGCUACUCUAAAGAUCCAGUUUUUCGUGAUCCUCCUCGUGAUCUUCAUAUGACCAUGCUUAAUGGGUUUUGGAUUUUUCAACAACAUCUGUUUGUUCCAGAAUCAGUGCGACUGGACGUUUUAUGCCUCUACCAUGACUCAAAACCAGCAGGUCAUCCAGGAAUCCGAAAGACACAAGAAAUACUUACCCGAUCCUUUUGGUGGCCUAAAUAUUAUGAGGAUGUUAAGAAGUAUGUGUCCUCUUGUGAUGUAUGUGUCAGACAUAAGACUCCUCGCUCAUCCCCUGUUGGCUUGCUUCAGCCUCUUCCGAUUCCUCAUCAUCCCUGGGGAUCUAUAUCCAUGGACUUUAUUGUGGAACUACCUCCCUCUAAGGAACACACUAACAUUCUUGUUCUUGUUGUGAGCCUAGAAUAUUGCACCUUUUCACAAUAUUCUAAUUUACUGAGAUUGUGGAUUUGGGGUUUCCAUGAGCUGUAAGCCAUAAUCAUCGCACUUAUUACAAAUCACAGUUUGAACUAUCUUGCUUUGCAUGUAAUGCGUCUAUCUCAUAUAUUAGUUUCCCCUUUUACGUUGCAUUACUGAAAUAAAUGAACUUUUCCACGAUAUUCAAAUUUUCUGAGUAUCACCUGCACUACUUUACAUUGUAGCAGAUUGUCAUUUCUUCAGUGUUGUCACAGGAAAAGAUAUAAUAAAAUAUUUACAAAAAUGUGAGGGGUGUACUCACUUUUGUGAGAUACUGUACAUGACACUAAGAUAUACCAAAGAACAUCAUGUGAAAAACAUGAUAAUAGAAAUCCAAAAUGAAUCGCGAUUUUCCCAUUGCAGGGUCUUCACUCGUUUUGUUGUCUCUACAGUGUUUGAUAAUUUCUAAUAUAUGGAUAGAAAUGUCAAACAAUACCCCUUAAGUUGUACUUUGGGAAAAUACAUUGGGAAUCCAAACAUAUGAAUUAUUUUUUUUAUUCCCACAUUUGUGUAAAGUUUGCAGAUAUCCCGAGGUGAGGAUAUCGAUUUGUAAUGACUGCAAAGAUUUUGUUGACUUCUCACCAAGGAGAGCAUGAUGAUACAAGAGGCUGCAGUAUCAGAGAAUCACUGCCUGCGGGACUGGCUGAUCUGUGCAGGUGUUGCAAAGUUGUUCACAGCAUGAUGAGACAGUUAUGUGAGAGUAAUAUGUUUAGACAGAAGCAUAAAAGUAAAAAGUAGUUUGCGAUUAAACCUGCAUAGUGUUGUGCAUCUGGAAAAGCAAAAUAAGUUGCACACUGCACAGUGAGGAAUUUUUAUAGGUUUUGUACAUAUGUGUUCUUUCACCCCGAUACAGUUAUUAUUAUUGGCAUUGAUUUAGGGCCACUUUAUUACGCAGUGCUUUACAGUAUUAUAAAGGGGGGAUUUAACAACAGAUGAGAUAAGCUAUCAUAUAUUUUGACAGGAACAAGAAGUUGAUAAAGAUCCAGUUUACAAUUUAGAGUUAAAUACCUAUUUUUUUUUUUUAUUAUGGCAUAUAUGUAGGCUGGUGAGAUAGCUCAGUGGGCUAAUGCAUCAUCAGUAGAGUCAUUAGUAGAGUCUGUUCAACUCUUGAGGUCACACGUUCACAUCCUAGCAGGGUUGACUCAGCACUUCAUUAAUAAAUUGGGUAAUAGUAGCAACCGCUGGAUGUUGGGCUAAGGUAACAUCCCCAGGACGUACUUGAAAACCAGAAUAAUCUGAAUGUGCCUUUCCUGGUUAAAUACCUUGUUAUUAUUAUUGUUUGCGAUUUAUCUGUAUUCUGUUCUAAAAAGUGGUCCAAAAUGUAAAAGAAGAGGAGUCGCCAAUAGAAUAUGUCUGCUGUUUCCAUGGUGAUUGCACCACUUGUGGUAUUUUAGAUGGCUUUUUAGAACAGAACACGUUGUUAACUUCCUUUAGUCAUCACUUCCAAAUUCCCCCUGCUUCUUCUUGUCUCAAUUCCCAUUAUAUCCUUUAGAUUGUAAGCUCACGGGCUAUCUAAGCACAUUGUAUAAAAGAGCUUUAAUAGUUAAAGCUCAGCUUAUGGGCAUGGCCCUCUCCAUCUUUUGUAUUGGUUUGUGCAUAUUGUAUGCUCUCUCCUAAUUGUACAGCGCUGCAGAAUAUGUUGACGCUUUAUAAAUGCCAGCAAUAAAUAUAUAAAAUAAAUAAUAGAUAUUAUUGAGCCCCUAUUUCCAAUGCAAAUAUAAAUGUGUAGGCAUUACUUCCCACAGAACAUUGGCAUGCACCUUAGUACGUCUGGCGCUACCACAAUGCAGGGAUCAAGUUAAAGCAGCACAAAUUUUUUUUUCUAUAUUUCUUUCUGUUUUUCUUUCCUUUUGCCCCUUGUCUCUUCUAUUUAUACUUAACAUCUUUUCUGCACCAGAUCUCAAUACCAGGGCACCUCUAGUUUGUUCUCCUCUGUACGUGAUGAUUUCAUUUUGCCAUUCUGUGGGAUUCUUAUAACUGAUGGAAUGUGUGCAAAUUUGCUUAGCAACUGAAAUAGAACUUUGCUAGCGCUCCAAAAAAAACCUGCAACAUAACAGUAUUGCUUUAAGAUCCGACCUACUGUCAUGAUCGCGUUUGAAAUAGCUCAGUAUCUUGGUAGUAUAAAAUAUUUGUAUUAUUUAUCUUGUAAGUUAUGUUUAAUGAUAGAGCCUAAAUGUUUCUGUAUUUAAAUACAUUUUUGUAUUAUAAGAUAAAAUGUAGAUGAGCUAAGCAUUUGCUUGUUUGGUAAAUGGAACUGAACUUUGUGACAGCUAAAAUGUCUCCUUUUAUUAGAAAUUAGAAUCCCUAUAGCCCACUUUGAUGAAAGGUACUGAUGAAAUGACUGAUGGCUGGGGUCAGUGUGAUAAGCCAUCAUUUCAUUCACAUAUAGAUAGGACCUUACAGAGCUUUUGUGCUGAGUGACAUAAAGUAACCUAGUCCUUACGUGCCUGGUGUAGCAAAAACAAGGUGGGACAUAUUUUUCAAACAUUAUGUGUUGUGCAACAAAUAAAAAAAGAAAUGAUUGAUCCACUUCAUGUUGGGAAUUAAUAAAAUGAAUGAACUGAUAGAUGUGAUGAGACCCAGUCUGUUCCCAGAGAGAAAGUUCUAUAUAAAACAAUACAUUUUGUUAAUUUUAGGUGUUGUCUAUAUGACUGCACUUCCGUUUUUUGUUUUCCUUGAACCUUUCUCACAUAUGGACAAUGUAGAAUUGUCCUCUUUUAGAAAAAGACAUGGUACUUUAUAAAAUGCAUAUCAUCUAAAUGUUAUGUUCUGAGCUAACCAAGUAGAAGAACAACAGAGGGUGUUUGUGUAAUCCCCCCGCAUGCAUUGUGCUCUGGCAUUGAAGGAUCAAUACCAGGAUGUCCGAUGACAGGAGACUAGAGUGUCAGUCUUCUUAACUGAAACUAGGUUAUUCUCUUAAAAGGUCUUUAAACCUGAAACUAGCUAUGUUACAGGAAGGAAAUGCGAGGAAUCAGACUGUAGGGCAACAAUUCUGUAUUUAUUUAUUUAUUGGCUCCUGUGAAUUCUUUUGAAUCCUCGGAUUUAUGUGGACCUGGGCUAUCAUUGUGUAAAGUGACUUAGCAUAUACUUGUAAAUGUCAAAAUUACUUUAAUCGUAUAAGAUUAUAAAUAUUGAGCUCGAUGGACUUUUGUUUUUUUCCAACUUAGAUUACUAUGUAAUUAAAUUAUGUAAUUUCAUUCACUAUUGAAAUAAAAUUAACAAGCAUUAAAAAAAUUCCUUCAAAAUAUCCCAAUAUACCCAUGGUCUCCCAAACCUGCUCCACCCAUUAUUAUAGUGUCAGAACUGUGCAUAUCCUUUAAUCUUCUGUGCAGGCUAGCUGAAAGCUGUACCGUGCAAGUACUUUCAUUCCUAAAAAAGUAAACAAAACUACUACUAGCUAAAAGCAGUUGCCUCUUAUAGAGAGCUGUAUGGUGACCUGUACAAGGUGUGUGGCUUGUGCUUAUACGUGGGCCUUUAAAUGAGUUCUUAUCUUACUAGCACGUCAUGGUGCAAUCCAUACUUGCAUUCAUAUGUAAUUAAGAAUAUUGUUCCUGGGGGCGUGGCCUGGACGGGAACGCGAGCGGUCGCAUGUUCUAACAGCUCCGCGGCAGUACAGGCCCUCACACGUUAAUUAGACCCAAACCGGACAAAAUCAACGGGCACCAGGCGCUACCGACCAUGUCCCACGCCAAGGCAAAGCGGGCGACCGAGAAACAGGACAAACUCCUGUUUUUCAACGCCAAACAAGGGCACACGCGGGGAGCGGCAACACAGGAAGACCUCCAAGAUGGCGCCGAAACAGACGGAGCCCAAGGAAUGCUUACAGAGGCCUCGGGCCGCGUCCUCACCACGGAGGGGAUGCAGGCUAUGCUCGACGAUAUGGAGGCGAAACUGCAAACAACACUGCAACGCUCAUUCACAGACCUCCGUGCAGACAUCCACAAAUUGGGGUCACGCACCUCAGAUCUGGAGAAUCAGAUGGAGGCGCAAUCGGAGGCUCACAACCGCCUAGCUAAUAAGGUGGAGGAAGUAUGGGACAGGAUGCAAGAAUAUGAGGCCAAAAUUGCGGACUUGGAGGACCGCGCACGCCGCAGUAACCUGAGACUGCGGAACGUGCCUGAAGACAUAGGCCCGCAAGAGCUGCAGGCGUACGCAACGGGGCUUUUCCACACACUUGUCCCUGAUCUGCCACAGAGUGUCCUGCUGUUGGAUCGCAUCCACAGAGUGGCAAAGCCCCAAUACCUACCUGCUGAUACGCCAAGAGAUAUCGUCUUGAAGAUGCAUUACUACCAUGCGAAGGAGGCGGUCCUGAGAGCGAGCCGCACACGAAAAGACAUACCUACUGAAUUCCAAAAGGUGGGAAUCUUCGCGGACAUCUCUGCUAUGACGCUGAGGAAGAGAAAGACUUUUGGCGCUAUCACAGCGGCUCUGCGAGACAGCAACAUCGCAUACAGGUGGGGAUAUCCGACCAAGUUGCUGGUCCAACGCAACGGCACCCUUACAGCCAUCACAUCCCCAGAGGAAGGUCUCCUGAAGCUGAGAGAAUGGGGCAUCACCCCGCGCCCAGAACCCCAGAGGCCUGCAGCGCACGAGCGACACACCUCCACAUGGAAGCGGGUGCGAAAAUAGCCCUGGACGGGGAACAAAUACGAACUUUUCAAGUCGCCCGCAAGUAUACAGUAUGCUGCAUCACGCAAUGCAAAAUAGCCAUGUUAUGUUAUGUAUAUUGUUUGAUUUUGGUAUGAUUUAAUGUUAGACUAUCCAAGCCAGACUAGGGGUAUGAUAACCAGGGAGCAAUUGAGGUCAGAUAGCCAGACAAAGUUAUAACCAGAUAUUUAAGGGUCAUGUGUAGACCUAAGCUAAGUCCGCACAGAGUUAGGGAUAACCUCUCCCAACGGUGUUAAUGCCAAGUUUAAAAAAAAAAAAAAUAAAAAAAAAAUAUAUCAAGUAUAACAAUGCAAUAAUACCACACCCCCAAUAAAAUAAAAAAAAUAAAAAUAAAAAAAAGUCUUACCAAGCCCCAAAGACCAAAUACGCCUAAUAAUGUAGAGCGAUGGCUCACUAAAGAGUGUUAGCUAAUAAGAAGACGGCAUAACAGUGCAAAUUGGGUCAAUCACCAUGUUAAAAGAAACAAGAGGGCCGCACUCGCGGCAGCACACCCCCCCCACGCAGGAUCGAAGCAUUACGCUCCGACCCCCAUGGCUCCCUAAAUGGGAACCUUGCCAUUAUUCUGGCAUUUUUGUUUAUGAUUGUAUAUAGGUUUGCAUUUUAUGUAAUAUUGAGUUCUGUUCUUGUUAUGUUUCCCUCCCUUAGCCCCCCUACAACCAAUUCGGGCCAAGUGGGUGGCCCGCACGUAUUACCUACCAUCUACACUGUAGCACCACGAGCGCCUCUCCACCGGAUACAAAGCACCGAACAGACAUACCUAUCGAAUACCCGCAGGGGUUAUCUUAGUGGGAUCUGCCCAGCUCGCCGUAUAGACCAAUACAUAUCAAACUCUCACAAUACCUUCCCAUACAAACCACCUUAAGUUUUACAGCCACAAUGUAAGGGGACUCAAUCUCCCGGUCCAACGACACCUUCUUAGCAGGGAUGUAGGUAAAGCUGAUGCGGACAUCGUGUGUUUACAGGAAACACAUUUCAGGGGCACGUCCCAUCCCAGCAUCCUGACCAACUCCUACCCUCACCAGUUCCACUCUACGUCCACGACCAAAUCUAAGGGAGUCACCACCCUGCUCAGUAAAAAAGUCGCUUUCACUCUGAUCACUGAGGACACCGACCCAGAAGGCAGAUACGUUAUAAUAGUGGGACACAUAAAUAAUAUACUAUAUACCAUAGUGAAUAUAUAUGCCCCAAACACCAACCAGAGGAAUUUCAUACACAGAAUGAUACACAAAAUCUCUCACAUCCAACAAGGCACUACAAUUAUAUGUGGGGACCUGAACCAUGUCCUAAACCCAGCUGUAGACACUACUCUCUCCCGAACCAGCCCGCGAUAUAAAUCACUUAAGCGCCAAAGCGCGGCCCUGACCAAAUUACUGUCAAUGCAUCACUACUAUGAUGCAUGGAGAGUCACGCACACAGAAGACAAAGAGUACACCCACCACUCGCAGGUUCAUAAUACAUACUCGAGAAUCGACGCGAUCCUAGUGGAGGGAACCACACUAGGGCAGGUAGUGGACUGUCGGGUGGGACAGAUAGUGUGGUCUGACCAUGCCCCUAUAGAACUAAUCUUGAGGGACACUUAUGACUUCAAACAUAGGAGCCCCUGGCGGCUUAACGAGACCCUCCUGACAGACAAAACCUUCUCGGGAACGCUAGCAGAGUCCCUACAAACCUAUUUUACAGACAAUGCCAACCCCGACUUACAACACCACACAAUUUGGCAAGCACAUAAGGCAGUUGCCCGUGGACUCCUUAUAAAACAAGCAUCAUACAUCAAAAGGAAGACACAGACACAAGUGACGAAGUGGCAAAAAGACAUUUACACACUGACGAUACAAAAUCAACUCCACCCCACACAACAGCUAAAAGAACAAAUAGCCCUAGUGCGCCAUCAACUUCGCCAACAUGCGCUAACUAAGGUAGGACACAACUUAUGGAAAUUGAAAGCCUCACACUACGCCCAGGGGAAUAGAGCGAGUAAACUACUGGCAGCAAGGUUAAAAAAGCGGCAACAGUCACAGAAAAUAGCGUACCUACACACGAAAGCAGGGGGGAAAGCUAUGUCGCCGCUCACUAUUAGCGAUGAGUUCGCACAAUACUAUGGGGACCUGUACAAUCUUAGCAACGAUGCAACCAUACCCACACCGACAACGGCCGAGAUAGAGACAUACCUAAACAAAACCAACCUCCCGACUUUGACAGCCCAACAGAAAGACACCCUUACCCGACCAGUCACCCCUGAGGAGGUAGGAGACACCAUAAAGUCGCUACCAAGGGGCAAGGCCCCGGGCCCUGAUGGAUUUGCCAACUCUUACUAUAGCAAAUUUAGAGAUAUAUUGGCACCAUGCCUAGCAGAAGUUUUCAAUGAGGCCGUGCGAACACAAACCCUACCGGAGGAAAUGCAGCUCGCCCACAUUAUCACUUUGCCCAAGCCUGGCAAACCCCCAAAUUACCCACAAAAUUUCAGACCCAUAUCCCUCCUUAAUACUGACACUAAACUACUGGCGAAACUGUUCGCUAUGAGGCUAAGCCCGAUAUUACCACACAUCAUACACGAUGACCAAGUGGGAUUUGUGACGGGGCGCCAGGGGGCAGACAACACCAGAAAAGUCCUCGACCUCAUGCAAAGCUUAGGGGCGAAACGGGAAGGGGGGGUUCUGCUCUCACUGGACGCAGAAAAAGCCUUUGACCGACUGGGGUGGGGAUUCCUGCAGGCGGCCCUGAGGAGGUACGGGAUGCCGGAGGGGUUUAUUUCAGUGGUCAGGGCACUGUAUUCGGCACCAAGAGCCCAAGUACUUAAUUCGGGUUUUGUGUCAAAAAAGAUAACCAUUACCAAUGGAACAAGACAGGGGUGCCCCCUGUCCCCCCUGCUAUAUGUACUGGCACUGGAGCCGCUGGCUGCAGUGAUCAGAGCCCACCCUGAUAUACAUGGGGUCCAAGUGGGGGACAGGGAGUACACCCUUAAUCUAUUCGCAGACGACAUACUCCUGACGUUGACGCAACCAAUAAUAUCCCUACCGAAUUUACUACAGUGCAUACGAGAAUAUAACAAAGUAUCCUACUACAAAUUAAAUCUCACAAAAACACAAGCAAUGGGAAUCCAUCUGCCAGAACAUACUUUACAAACACUGACGAACUCCUUCACCUUUGACUGGAGGGAAGACUAUAUCACAUUCCUGGGGAUUAAGCUAGCCAAGACGAGCGGCCAAAUGUUUAAAUAUAAUUAUGAGAAACUCCUGCAGGAAAUCUCUCAGACGUUAGACCAGUGGAACAGUGACUUCCAUUCGUGGCAUGGGCGCAUAGCGGCAUUUAAAAUGUCACUGUUGCCAAAAUUACAAUACCUAUUCCGCACGCUGCAAAUCCCUAUACCUAGGCAAUAUAUGGUCAAACUACAAAAAAUCAUCACGAGAUUCGUGUGGGCGAACAAAACACCCAGAGUGGCAUACUCUACAAUAAAAAGAACAACGGAGAGGGGGGGUAUGAGCUUCCCAGACGUCAAACUGUACUACAAGGCGGCCAUUCUAGCAGUGCUAGCCACGACACACAGGGCAGCUAACCCACCACAAUGGGUAGCCAUUGAAUCCCAAUGGACGUGUAGAGCAGGGAUGCACCACUUGUUUUGGGUGCCAAAACACCUAAGGCCAACAACACCGACCAUGCUAGAGACCACCAAACUAAUGCUGCAUACCUGGGACACAUAUAGAACGCACCUCAGUGGCUCAGGAACCACAUCGCUAGCAUCGACAAUGUAUAGUAUCCACCUGAGGAACAAAACAUUUGACUACCGGACUUGGACGGAUGCAGGGUGUACACACAUACACGACUUAUACAAGGGUACAUCCCUAAAACAGUUCCCGGACCUACAAACACAGUACAACCUACCGAGUAAAGCAAUUUUCUCAUACUUGCAGCUCAAGUCCACCCUACGGCAACCCAAGACUCCACCUAUGACACCCAUGAUCUCAAACUUUGACACGUGGUGCCUCACGGGCAAGCCACACAGACGAAGCAUUUCAAAAAUAUAUAACACAUUGCUUGAGGGCACUCACGCAUCCACAGGCAACUUUAUACAGGCAUGGCACAAAGACCUUCGCAGCACCUUCACGGAGGCCCAAUGGUCCAGAGCCUUUACAAUCCACAAGGGCAACACAGCCUGCAUUACACACUUUGAACAAGUGAGAAAACUGCAAUACAGGUGGUAUUUGGUCCCCACACGGCUAGCACACAUGUUCCCGAAUGUGUCUACUCAGUGCUGGAGAUGCCAGCUAGACACAGGCUCACUAAUACAUAUUUGGUGGACGUGUAAAGACGUGCAACCUUACUGGGCCAUGGUGAGCACCAUCGUGGACCAACUGCUUCCUGCAAAGAUGACCCUGACCCCGGCUACAUGCCUCUUAUACAUAUGGCCAGAAGGCCUGACCAAGGUCCACUCCAAACUCCUAUUCCACACGCUGAUAGCAGCAUGUAACCUAAUAGCAAAAAACUGGAAAUCACGGAACAUCCCCACAAAAGCUGAGCUAGUUACCCAGAUCCAAAAGAAUUGGGAAUAUGAACGCAUGGCGGCCCAACAAUUGGGGACGGGAGUAGCAACUAUGGAGGCGGGGAAAAUUUGGGAACAAUACUGGAACAAGGUGAAGUCCCAAACAACUGGGGAUGAGUAAGAUUCUUUAGCCUCACCAACGCAAUCUGAGAGGGUAUACCCCGGGAAACAGUGGAAAGAGGCCGGUGAUGAGAGAUCAAACAGGUACAGCGAACCCUUCUCAAAAGAAACCAGGUAGAUGUACCACAUACAGACGAGACAAACAACCCACCAGUGUAUAUAUUUAAGCUAACUCCCCUCAUACCCCUCCCCCCCCGGGUGAGCACCUGGACCCCCCCACUCCCCUCCACCACCUCCUUCUGUCCAACUCAUUGACAUAGGCCACACGGUAAAAAGGCACGACAACGAGCGCAGGACAGGCUGGUAAACAUGUGGACACCUCCGGGCUGAGGUGCAUAGACAGUGCCCUGCCGACACUGUUUAAACUAUCCAAACUACGGCUGUACUAAGUAAAGUGGGAUAUAAUGACCGUUGGAAAUACACACGGUACCAACUAACCCCACUCCAUCAUACCCCACAUUUGGCGUCUGUGAUUCCCACCCCACCUUUGAAACACUAAUGGUAUACCAGGUAACCUCAGCCAGACCGGCAUCUGGAGAUACAUGUUAAAGAGCCAAAACAAUAAGCUGGUUAUACAGAAAGGCCGGACAAGGUUGUAGUCAUGAUUAUAAAUACUAAUAACCUGUGUAUUGUAUAAAGUGAAAAUGUUGUAUAAAGUAUAAUGUCAUGAGUGGAACCUUCGUUAUUCCACCCUGCCCCAUUCAUCCCCACCCCCCAUUAAUUUUUGUAUCCCUUCCCCCCCCCCCUUUUUUCUAUAUGGAAAAUAAAAAUUGUCAAAUUGAAAAAAAAAAGAAUAUUGUUCCUUUAGAUGUUUCAUGAGCAUUAGAAUAUUCUGGUUUUCUCGGUUACAUAGAGUCUCUGUGACGCACCAUAAAAGGGUUAAUAUUUGGCAGUGCCGUGUUUUUUGCUCAGUCGGAAUGUUCCCAUGUAUGCCUGGACCAUGUUCUAGAAUGUUAGAAUUUGUAACUUGUAUUAAUAUCAGCGUAUAGCCAUUUCUAUCUAGCAUAUGAAGGGUUGUUUAAUCCAUGCGGAGCAGUUGUUAUUUUGAGACUUCAGCAUAGAGCUCUGUAAUCUUCUCUAAGAUUGGCUGAUUGUUAUGGUUUGGCACAGAUCUACACCCCCACACCCAGCUGUAGUCCUAAACGAGCUGUGAAUAGGAUCUUUUUUUCCUCUCUCGUUCUGGCUGCACCAGCUUCUGUUAAAACUGCGGCUAUUAGAAGCCUUUCAUUUCAUGCUUUUUAAAGAUAGAACUAGGAGGGGUCCGCUUGGUGCCAAUUUCUGCUUUUAUGCUAAAGUCACAUCUCACACCCAGAUCUGAUGGCACACAAUUCAGGCACAGGAGAUAUGAGUUGGAUGUCCUUCUGCCUUGAAAGCUCCAGAAUCUCCAAGCAACAGCAGCUGACAAUGUGCCAGGGCAAGUCAUCCUACAUAACACACAGUUCUUGGAAACAGAUUUCAACUACAGGCAGAAGGGAAAUUAGCAGUAUUAACUGGGGGAGAAAAGUACUUUCUCUGUAUUUAGAGUGAGCAGAGAAAAUGAGAUGCCUGUUUCUAUGGGGUAGACAUAUGAUGGCAGUAUAAGAGUAACAGGAGUGAACAGGCUGCAAGGAGAAGAACAUUAAGAUAUAUGAGAGUAUGAGGAGGGAUGUAAGCUUAGAUAAACAGACACAUUUUUAGGGAUCUUCUAAAAAAACAUUUGGCCUUAUGUGUUAUUCUUCAUCAAAACUGUGCCAGUGAUCCGUGCCAAACCUGUCAGUAUGAACCAUUGUAGACAACCCGCUUCAGUCUUGAGGAACCCCACGCCAUGAGGGUUGGAGGCUCCUGCUAUUCCUUUCCUGCCUCCAGUGAGACCAGAAUGGAGGGUCAGAUCUUGCAGCAAGAUCCUUCUGCCAGCCCACAAGUUGCUCCAAAUGUGUCCAGCCCCACUCUGAGGAGAACAAGCCAUGCUGGACUAAUUUAGCAGUGGCCGACAGCAGGCCAAGGAUUCAUUUCUCCCACCAAAACACUAGACUUUUACACGUCAUUCAACUAGGUCCUAUUAUGGCACUUCAGUUGGUGGCAUAUUGACUAUCUGAACCUCAAGCUUGAUCUAUGUGACCUACUACUAAUUCAGUACUGUGAGGAACGGCCAUCUUGCAUCUGAAGUAUAGAAGAUAUUGAUUAGUACUAAUGAGUGCUUGUUUCAUUCUGUAGUUUGUGAAUGUCACUCCAUAUCUUGCCUAGAGCAAUAUUGAUGCUGUGUUUUGUCCUGACCCCAACUGGAGAUUGGCAAGUUGACUGUUCUCAUUGAGGUGUAUGGUGACAUUUUUCAUUUUUCUCAGAUUUUGACAGAAAUGUUAGGUUAAUCAUGUGGCAAUUGUCAGGGUUGAGUUUGGCCUUCUGAGUAGAGGGUUUGUAAUGAUAUUUGUUAAUCUAUACACUGCCAAAAAAAACACAUACUUUUUUUUUUUUAUCAAUCUUUAUUUUCUUUGUGCAAUGGGUUACAAACAGGCUUGCCAUGCCCUAACAGCAGAGCAAACUUUGCAAUAAGACAUAUCGUAGUAACCUAUGGCAUUGAGGUUGCACAUUGUUAUAGAAAUAAGAAAAACAAGAUAUUCAAAUGCUUGGAAUGCGUGAUAAUGAGAGGGUAAUUAUGCUUGUCUGUAGAAGGUGGUUUAAACCAAGCUUUCAACAUAUAAUAAAUGUCAGUCUAAGAAAAUGCUUAUGUUAGAUAUGCUAGGCUAAGCUAAUCUGCCACUUAAGCUAAGAAGAGCUACAAGACAAGAUGAUUAGUUUAAGGAAUAUUCUAUUGUUGUAGCAUGAGGUUAAACUAGCAGAAUUUAUGUAUAGACAGAGAAACAUCUACAGUGGAAUAGUGAUGUGUUCCAAUUAGGCUAAGAAUCAAACAAGUACAAGCAUACCCAGCUAUACGGAGGGGUACCCCCAACUCACUAGAGCAUAUAAAUAUUGCCUAUUGUAGUCUAUAUAAAUCGCACAGUAAGUGCCCCGCUAAGGUUUAUCACUGGUGGGUACACUGCCACCACUGUUCAAUUAGGGCACACGUUAUGAAGCAUCCUGGAGGUUAAGUUGCUUUGUGCACCACAUGUGUCUUACUCUGUUUAUGGGUUUACCCAACACCAGCGCUUGCCAUGAGUGUCCCAUUACUGGGAACUGUGCUUACUAAAUGUUGGCAUUUUGCUCAUAUAUAAACUUUUUACAUUAUAUUGCCUUUUUCUAUAGAAAGCUGUAUUGCAUACUAAGGGCAUUUUACCAUUUUUGUUUAUCUAUUGUUUGAAACAAAUUAUAUUUUUGCUUCUUUUCUAAUAUCUCAGAUCUUAGAAUUGUUUAAAGGGAUGAAUAAUUAAAAAAAUAAAAUUAGUGUAAAUCUACAUAAUGUAAAUGUUAUGUAUCUGUAAACAGAAUUGCUAUUUCACCCCACAUUAUCUGCAAGCUAUGAAACACUCUGUUGCAAAUAAAUGCUAUACUAGUUAUUUUAAAACAAAAAGUGAUUUGUAUGGGAAGAGAUUUACAUUCAGCCUGAAUUAUUACAGUAAAAGUCCAUGAUGGAUCUGCAUUAUUUGUGUAGCUAGGCAUAGGUCUUGUGUUAAUGAUGAUGGUAUAUAUAGCUUAUCCAUUGCGAUUGUUAAGGUCCUAAAAAAAAACAACUUUAGCUUAAUGAAGCAGUUUUAGUAAACAGAUCAUGCCCCCGAAUUCUCACUUCUUAAUUCUCUGCCAUUUAGGAGUUAAAUCACUUUUGUUUCUAGCCACACCUCCCCUUCUGGCUGUGACUGACACAGCCUGCAUGAAAAAAUGGUUUAUUAUCAAUAUGACGUUAUCUUACUUUAGAGGUUUUUAUCUCCUGCUCUGUAAAUCAAACUUUAAUCACCCACACAGGAGGCUUCUGCAAUGUCUAACAAGCUAAUAUAUGGAAAAAAAACACAUAAAUGUCUAGUGGACACUGAGGCCCAAAAGACACAAAUAUGUCUCUUGUAGUGUAAUAAUAAUAAUAAUUAAAAAAAACACACAAUUUUAUUAGUAUAAGCAAAAGGACACUUUCAAAAGAAAAAAACAGAGAAAAGGAAAAAACCUUUUAAAAAAACCCUAAAUGGCUCUACAGUUAUAAGGGAACAAGGAGGUUUGAAUGGGCAUGGAGGAUAUAUUGGAUGGAGCAGAUCCGAAUGGAUGAGGUGCAAGGUAUUAUACCAAAAAACAAGUUUGAGCCUUACAGGCGCAGCAGGGAAGAGAUCUAAUUAAUGAUCUAACCCUAUGUUGCCUAUAUGUUGCUGGCCAUCAAAAUAGAGGCAAGCUGCUACAAUCUAGUAAAAACUCAUCUGAAUUACAGUUAACCCCCAUCACCAAUAUAUCAUAGAGGAUCAUGAGUUACUAACCUACUUAUAGAUUUCUAUACUUAUGCUGUGACACUGUAAUCACUACUUAUCAGCAGCCAAAAAGGUAACAAAGUGACCCAAAGGUGAGAACAACUGCUACUAUAUAGAGAAAAUUUGUCCUGAUUUAAAUGAAGACUCUGUAACUACUAUGCAGCUGUACCAAAUGGCCUAGGUUACUCCCCUGCUUCAAGAUUUCUACACUCUAGCUAAACCUCAGAAGCCCCUCACCACAUCCAAUCUGGCGUCCCUCUUUCAAUAUAGCCGUAUUACAACACUUCCAUGUCUCCCCCCGAUAACUGAAAUCCCACAACUAAAUCAACCAUGCAUAACUACUGCAUGUGAAAAAUGAAAUAAAGCAAUAAAACAAGCUAACAAGCUAUUAACAGGAGAUACAUUCUAAAUUAAACAAUAAAGGCAAUGUAAACUUUGGAUCUCUCUUCACAGGAAGUGUUUAUGGAGCUUUGCACAUUAUAUACAGGGAGGUGACUACGGCUGCAUAAACUCCUAAAUGGUAGAAAAUUGAUGACAACUUAAAAAUGAAACCAAUGAUUAGAUACAUGUGCACGUUCUUGAGCCUGUAACUGAUAAGAUGUGACAUCAAUGAACCAAGAAACAAUUACUUAUUUCACAGCAUAGCUGAAAUCCCCUUAGCAUUGAGGGAAGAUGCUGCCGUUUUAGGCUGUGUGUGUCUCCCAUCCACCAUGGCACCAACUGUUAAUGGAGACAGUCGAAGAAAACUGAACCAUGGGGACCAUAUUAAAGCAUAGGUUUGGGGAAAGUUGCCCAUAUAAUGGCUAAACUUGUAAAUCAGCCUUAUGGAUUCUACUCUAUCUACCCAUUCUUUAAUGGAUAGAGUUAUAGUUGACCUCAUUUGCAAGGAGGCUUUUGUUGCAUUUAAUAAAUGAGGUAAUAGAGAUCUUGUGUGUUUUGUGUAUUGUAUUAUUAUAGAUGUCACUACUAGACCGUUUAAAUGUCCUGUAACCUGCAAUUGCCUCAAUAAAAGAUUGACAACAACAACAACAAAAAAACAAGACCUGUUAGCGUUUGUAUCUGAAAAUUGUUCGUUAGUAGUUAAAUCAUAGGACUGCUUCCACCAAAGCUUUCACUUUAGUGUCGGUCAGAGUAACAGCACACAAACAUACGUUUAUAUGUUCUGCUAUGUGUGCUAUGUGAAGACAUAUAAAAACCACAUUAGUGCAUAGCUGUGAAUAAUAAAUGUUAAACCCUCCAAAGUUGCAAUAGCCUAGCUCUAACUACCCUGUAAUUUCUUGCAACUCUUAACAAGCUAUGCUAUAUCACCUGAUACAUUCACAUAGGACCUGCUUGAUUGAUGGUUUGUGACGUAAAGCCAAUUAUUUUUGUGUCUUCAUAAAUGAAACCUAAUCUCGUAGACUGGAUUUUAUUUCCUCUAAUAAAAUGAAUUCUUCAGACAGAUGGAUUUGCUGAGCGUAAUGAGACUUGUAUCUUCCACACAAGAAAUUUUAGAGGCUGCCUCUUUGUGGCUAUGAGACUUAUCCGUGUUUGUGAUGACAGGAAUUAGUGAACAUGCAAAUUGAACCCAAUGUAAUUCCCACCAAUCUCCGACAGACUGGACAUGUAUAAAACUAACAGAAACCAAAAGAGUGUAAAGCACUUAAAAAUAUCAAAAGUAUAAAUAGUGCACAAAGCCACACAAUUACAGCAGCACUCACCAAACGUGACAAACAAAUGACACCCCAAGUUAGUAUAUCAAUAAACAGUGCACUUAAAUUGUGUAAAACAUAGAAUCUUCAAAUGUUCUGUAAAUAAUAAAAGGGACAUUAUAUAGAGCAGAACAUCUGCUUGUUUUGCAUGCUCUGUUGUGGGUAUCUUCCUGGCAAUAAGAGUUUUUAACCUUUUUUAUUAUAAUAAAGUUUUGGAUAAUGUUCAAUCGGGGUCCUGGCCACUCUGUCUGUCUCCUACUUAUAUAUAAGGACGUGUCUGGCUGAACACACCUGAGAAUAUCUAUCUUGUCUAAAUAUCCCAUUGUGGGAAUUAUCCCUCUCAAGCUGAAUUUUUCAUUUCCAAAACCCGGUGAUGAUUUGGCUCUGAUAAGUGUGAGUUUAAAGGCCCACUAUAGUGCCAGGAAAACAUACUCACCCUCAGGGACCCCCUCCCGUCCGGCUCUGGAAAGGGGAAAGGGGUAAAAACUUACCUUUUUCCAGCGCUGGGCGGAGAGCUCUCCUCCUCUGACCCUCCUCUUCUCCUCCCCGCCGGCUGAAUGCGAUGCGCGGCAAGAGCUGCGCGCGCAUUCAGCCGGUCACAUAGGAAAGCAUUCAUAAUGCUUUCCUAUCACAGUGAGAAGCAUGCAAGCGCCUCUAGCGGCUGUCAAUGAGACAGCCGCUAGAGGAAAUAGGGAAAGGCUUAAACCAUUCAUAAACAUAGCAGUUUCUCUGAAACUGCUAUGUUUAUGAAAAAAUGGGUUAACUCUAGCUGGACCUGGCACCCAGACCACUUCAUUAAGCUGAAGUGGUCUGGGUGCCUAGAGUGGUCCUUUAAUUCCAGACACUCUCUGCACUUUAUAUUGUGUGUAUAAGCUUAACCAGGUUGUCUCCAUUAUAUAUGCUUAUCAUUUACAGAACAUUGUAAUAUUUGUUUCCCAUGAUACACAAUUCACUGUUAUUUGAUAGAUUAUGGUGAAUAGCAGUGAAUCUGCAAGAAAAUAUGGUGCAUGUUACAAAGUUUAUUACCAGUCCAGAUUAUCAUUAUUAUACUAACCUGAAGAUGUUUAAGGGACAUGAAAUGGAAAGAAUAGUAACAAUAAACGUCAAAGGCAAAUCCUGAAGUGGGAUGCACUGUUAUCAAAGUUGAAUGCCCUAUCAGAUAUAUUUAAUGCCUUCUGUCCCAUAUCCUUUGUCUCCUGCAGUGCCUCCUAUUAUCGUUAGCAAGUUAACUUUCUAGCAGUCUCUAAGGAAGCAACUGAUACUGACUGCUUUGGGAAUCACUCAGGCCCCCACAGGAGAUAGCCGUUUUACAAGUAGAAAUCUCUUGGACAUUGCACAGGACAAGUUUCUAAACCAGGCCAGUGUCUAGUCUAUGUGUUUGUAGAGACCAUGCCUAGCACAACAAGACCAACAAAUGAUGUUCCUAAAGAGGUAUUAUGAUGAUAUUUUGUUAUUUCAGUGAUUCUGUUGAGUUUGGUUUUAUUUAGAGUUUAUGCUAACCUGACGUUACCGAUUUUGAUGAGAUUUGAGGAUGAAGUUCUAUGUUUCUAUGUUUGGAGGUAAUAAAAAGUGUGUUGAAGCAAAUAUAACAUACAUUUUUAUUGAGUUAUUUUUUUUUUUUAGACUGGUAUAAUUUUACUUUAUUUUUACACAACUUUCAGCUUGUUGGUGUAUUUUAGGAAUUAAUUGCCUGACAUUGCAUGAUUAUUUUAUAAAAGUUUAAAUUUCAAAGGAAAUUGGCACUUCUAUAAUUCACUUUACUCACACUCAUGGACAGCUGGGAGGGUUUCCUGCCUCACACGCCAUGUGAAGUAUAGCUCAAAGAGGAAGUACAUGCUUCUCAUAAAGAAGCAUUGGGCAUCCACCCUAUGUCUCCAAAGCUUUUCUACGACAAGGAUUAGAUUGGACAGAGGUAAUCAGGAUGGAGAGAGGAGACUGUCUGAAUCACAAGUCAGUUUAUCUUCUUUAUUGUAACUUUUUAUUGUAGAAAAGAAGCAUAGAUGCAGAAAGAACAUUCUUCGUUUCUUGGAGUGUAGCUUCCUAAACAUGCUCAAUAGAAUAAAAAAAAAAAAAAACAAUGUCUAUGUGAUUAUAAAGCCCACAACUACACAAAGGAUCAUUACUACACAGGGCCUUGCAGAGAGUGUAUACUGAAUCCUUGCCUCCCUGGCUGGUAGGUUGCUGUAUUGAACUUUCAGACUAUGAGUUGCUGCCGAACGUGGGCUGAAUUUACAGACCUUCAGCAGGGAUUGCAUCAAGACAUGAUAAGGAAAAUAUAUUCUCACCAAGGUGAAAGUCAGUGCCAAAAGUAAUGGUUGGGGGUUUAUAAAUGGAUUUCUUAUACCUCACUUUACAAUGUAAAACAAAAUGGACAUUGACAUUAUCAGGGCUUAAGACAGCAAUUUAAUGAUAAUAAUGCAGAGGAACUAAUAGGUUUACGCUAUGAAUAUAGAAUAGAAGGGAUUUUCUGAAGAAAACACACAGAAUUUGCCAUGUAAAAUAUGCAGAUAUAGUAUGGCAUUCACAAGUUGGCUGUACUACAAGUAUAUGGUUAAACAUUCAUGUGAGUAGGAGAGAAUACUAAGAGAGGGUCAUUGUGAGGGUAAUUGUAGGAUUAGGAAAAAGGAGUGAGUGGAGUCAGUAGACAGUGAGCCCUUUGUUACCCCGCAGCCAGCAGCUAAACAUGUCCUAAGGCAUGCAUGUGAUACAAAACAUGAGAUUGCUAGGUUAGGCUACUCCGUGAAGACACGUCUGCAUCUCCUAUUACUUGUACCAGUUGUAAUUCCUCAAGGGUUCUAUACAGACAAAUCAAACAUGUAAUAUUCUGUGUAUGAAAGUCCAGAUUGGAGUCUUUAAAGGAACACCAUAGCUUUGGGAAUACAAGCAUGUAUUCCUAGUGCAUUAGAGUUCUCCUUCCUAAUUAGAUUCAUCCUCCAACACCAAAAUGUAAUUUUAAAAAGGGAAAAAAGUUUUUGCAGAACUCACUCAGUCAGCCGCUCAGUCUCCUGUGACAUUCUCCAGCAGGUGUUGCUUCUUUGGCUUCUUGUCCAAUCCAAUAAUUCUCAAACAGAAUCAGGGGACAAAAACAUCUGCAGUGAGUCCAGUCAAAUACUUCCCAUAGGGAAGCAUUGAAACCAAUGCACCCCUGUGAUAAGCAUUUGAUAACAUUUGUUAUUCGUUUUUUACUGGUUGGUGUGUUUAGCCCUGCAAUGAAAACAUUGCUGUAUCUAUUAAAGGACCACUAUAGUGCCAGGAAAACAAACUAGUUUUCCUGGCACUGCAGUGCCCUGAGGGUGCCCCCACCCUCAGGGUCCCACUCCCGCCGGGCUGAAGGGAGAGGAAGGGGGUUAAACACUCUCCUUUCUCCAGCGCCGGGCUCCCUCGGCGCUGGGGACUCUCCUCCUCCUUUGGUUGUCAUCGGCUGAAUGCGCAUGCGUGGCAAGAGCCGCGCGCAUUCGGCCAGUCCAUAGGAAAGCAUUCUUAAUACUUUCCUAUGGACGCUGGCGUCUUCUCACUGUGAAAAUCACAGUGAGAAGCGCGGAAGCGCCUCUAGCAGCUGUCAAUGAGACAGCCACUAGAGGCUGGAUUAACCCUAAUGUAAACAUAGCAGUUUCUCUGAAACUUCUGUUUACAGCAGGCAGGUUAAUCCUAGAUGGACCUGGCACCCAGACCACUUCAUUGAGCUGAAGUGGUCUGGGUGCCUAUAGUGGUCCUUUAAGUGGCAUUGUAUUAGAUUGCAGAUGCAUAAUAACAAAGACGCUGCACCAAGACCACUUCAUUGAGGUGAAGUGGUCUUUGUGCCUUUAGUGUUCCUUUAUUGUGUGGAGCCAGGAAUUUACAACAAUGCAAUCUAUAAUUUUAUUAAAAAAAGACUGUCAACAAUGACAAGAGUAGCCCUAUUAUACAAAGACACAGAAAAUGUGAUACUUCAAAGCAACUUGUGAUACAUCUAGACCAGUGGUUCUCAAACUUUUUAGGUUCAAGGCGCCCUUAAUAUUUCAGUAUUUUUCCAAGGCACCCCAAGUCAAAAUCUCUAAGUUGUAUAUCUGUACAGCGCUGCCGCAUAUACUGGCGUUAUAGUGUAAUGUGUUGGUGUUUGAAGGGGUGCUUGUAUAUAUUAAUUGUGUUUUAAUAUAGGGGUGUGUUUGUAUGUGAUGUUUGCGUUUCAUUGCAGGGGUGUGUCUGAAUGUAAUGUUCACUUUUAAAUGUGGAUGUACAUUUGUGUGAAGUAUUUGUUUUUGAUUGAAGGGGUGUGUUUGUAUAUUUUUUGUUUGUUUGAAUUCAGGGGUGUGUUUGUAUGUAAUAUUUGUGUUAAAUUGCAGGAGUGUGCCUGUAUGUUGUGCUGACACAUACGUAGAUACACAGAUAUUCAUGCACAUUAACACACAGAUGCAUAUAAAUACACAGACACAUACACACAAAUUCAUAUAGACACCGACACAUUCACACAAAAAGAUACACACCGACAUAUACACACACAAACAUUGAUACAUGCCCACACCAUGACACAGAUACACACUGACAUAAAAACAGACCCUGACACACAGAUGCGCAUACACAGAUGUGUGUGCGCACACAGACACAGAAGCACACUGACAUAUAUAUACACACACAGAUGCACACCCUGACACACACACAAACACUCAUACACACACUCACACUCAAACACUCAUUUACACACUCAUACACACACACACUAAUACACUCACACACACACACGUGAUUUUUUUUAUUAUAUCUCCAGCCACCCACCUGUCGGCUUACCUUAUGUGCCAGGAGGGUGGCUUGGAGUCCUGCUGCUGUGAGAGUAAGGGGUCUGGAGCUCUUCAUGUUCCUCUCCCCUCAUGCUCCUCCCACUCUGUCUCCCUGCAGGAUGCUGGGAGGAAGUGACAAAAAAAAGUAAUGUUUCCCUGGUGCUAUAAUCAUCAUCACACAGUUUGGGAACUGCUGAUCUAGACUGUAAGCUCGUUUGAGCAGGGUCCUCAACUACCUAUUGUUCCUGUUACAUUUUGUUAUUGUCUCAUUUGGUAAAUCCCCCUCUUAUUGUAACGCACUGCGGAGUAAACUGGCGCUAUAUAAAUACUACUACUAAUAAUAAUACACUGUAUUACUCAAUAACACAGGUACAGUAUAUUCCUAUAACACAAAGGCACACAAAUAUGUACUAUAAACCCCUAUAAAACCGUUGUACAAUACAAAAUACAAUGCAUAAACCCCAUGACAGUGUAGUGAUAGAUUUCCAUAGCACCUAUAAAACAAGUAAAGAUUUGAAUAGUACAUUGAUUGCAUCAACAGUGAACUGUAUUCAUAGUUCACAUGAAUAAGAAUUUGCAUGCUGACAAAGCUUUUACUGUAUCAAAAAAUUGAGCAGAUAAGUUAUGCUAUACAGAGCCGUAUAGUCUUGGUUUGCCUGAUGCAAAAUUACGUGUAACCAAACGCUUAAGCAGUCAGUAAUUCUUAUCUACUGUUCUUUAUUUUUCAACAAUUUUUGUUUGUCAGUUUAUAUUAAACAGAGAUUAAAGGAACACUAUAGUCACCAGAACAACUACAGCUUAAUGUAGUUGUUCUGGUGAGUAUAAUAGCUUCCUUCAGGCAUUUUUAUGUAAACACUGUCUUUUUCCUAGGGACACCUCCAAGUGGCCACUCCUUACAUGGCCCCUGGAGGGGCUUCCUGGCAAAGGGCUGCACAGUAAGCAGCCCUGCCGUUCAGCGUCCCCACCAACUGCAUAGAGAUGCUGAAUUUUCCUCAUAGAGAUGAUUGCAUUGAUUCAAUGCAUCUCUAUGAGGAGGUCCUGAUUGGCCAAAACGGCAUUUUACCCCGCUCCCGUGCCGAUUUUAUUCAAUCCAAGCACUGGACUGACUAAUAAUCGGCCAUUUUGAUUAUGUCAGAAAGGGGGCGGAGCCAGUGCCGUCGGACCCGCGUGGCGCUGGAAAUCAGGUGAAUUUUAAACUUUUAUAGGGGAAAUAAGGAGGGGGCAAGCCACCUAAAUGGUGGGCAUAGCACUAUAGGGUCAGGAAUACAGGUUUAUGUUCCUGACCCUAUAGUGAUCCUUUAACAAGUACACGGGUACACUUAGCAUCAUGCAUGACUGUGAUGAGUGGUGAUAAAUUUCUAUCUGAUCAGGUUCCUUGGAGGUUAACAUGAUAAGGUUGUUUUGAGGGUGUAGAGUAAGGAGUGAGGAGUCCUUUGUAGUAUUUGGAAUUUCAAUGGGAGAAAUAAGUAAAGAUGGAGGUGGAAAAGUAAAAGAUUAGCGUGAGAAGAAAAAUAAGGAGGGUAAGGGGAAAAUCAGAAGAAAAAAAUUAAAAUAUGAAUAAAUGUAUAGAGAUAGUAAUGGGAUUUAUAGAUCUGUCCAAUCCCAUUACUAUCUCUAUACAUUUAUUCAUAUUUUAAUUUUAUAGAUCUGUCCAAUAAUGUUCAGUUUAAAAGCAUAACACUCAUAAGACUUCAUCAUAAAUGUAAUAGAUUACGUUGUUGUCAGUGUUUUAGGUUUAUCGAAAAAACUUUAAUCAGGACAAAUAAGAAAUAAAAUAGUCCAUGUAUUUAUAAAAAAUAUACAUAAAAAGCAAAGUACUCACUACAAUGACAGACUUCAUCUAAAAAUUCAAAGUGAAUUUCACAUUUAAGGUCAAAAUAUCCUAAUCGGAAAUUGCGUCAUUAUGUCCUGAACAGCAUUGGCUUUAACAACGUUAGGAAAUAAUGACACCUACUAACAUCAGUCCUAGUCAUGUAAUCAUGAUGACACUGUGAUCACAUGACUUGGAUGAGCUGGAUUGCAGGAUGUGCUGUAGGUGUACUGCUUGGGUUUGCUGGCAGCUAAUAAAAUAACAAUCAUACACAAAUAAGAAAAUAAAUUUAGAAUUAAUUUAUAUAUAUGUGUUUUUUUCAUUUUAACUGUAUUUUGAUAUUAUUAUAUAUAAUUAUAUAUACAAAAUAGUGUAUUUAUAUAUAAUUAUAUUGUUUUUUUUAAUGGUUUAUUGUGGGACCAGCCUGACAACUGACAGGAAUAUCAGAGAAUUAAAUUUGGAAGCCUAUAUUUGAUCCUGUAAAUUUCCGAUAUCCCAUAAAGCCUGUACAUGAGGGGUACUGUUGUACUCGUGAGAGUUAAAUCGCUUUGUUUAUACUGCCUUAGCCACGCCUCCCUGAAUAUAACUUGCACAGCCUUCGUAAACACUUACUGUAAGGAGUGAUCUACUGUUUAAACUUCCUUCAUGUUAAUAGCUUGCUAGAGUCAGCAAAAUCCUCACAUGUGGAAUUAAAGUUGCAUUUAUGGAGCAGGAGAUAAAAACUUAUAAAGCAAGUUAACAUCUGAUAAAAACAUUUUUUAUAUAGGCUGUUUGUGUCACCGUGGAUUUUGAGCUCAGCUGUUUAAAAUAUCUCCAAACUAGAUGUUUUUUUACAAAAACACACAAUUCAUGUCAGAUACUUUGCUUAGGGUGUUCUAAAGGAUUCUUCUAGUAUUUUUAUGGAUGCAGAUUUCUAAAGUGGCAGAGCAAUGCACACAUUAUUACUUUUUAUUGAAUGCAAGCUCCACAUACAGUAAAUAUAGAAACCUAGGUGAAACCAAGCAUCUUUAUGUACCAAGAAUAGUGCCGACUGCAGAGCCUUCCCUAAUCCAUCCUUCCCCUGAAUGCUGUUCAGUAGCCAAGAAACAGUUUAAAAACUAAUUAAAUGAGGAAAUCUUUAGUGAGCAAUCCCACCACUGCUGCAAGGAUGCAAUCAAAGACUGUACACUUUCCCAUUACGAAAGCUUUACAGACGAGAACAUAAACCUUGAACAUCAAGGAUGUACUAAAAAACAAGAAGUGACAGUUACUAGUACUUCCCUAUGUUUAAAGGACCACUAUAGUGCCAGGAAAACAUACUCGUUUUCCUGGCACUAUAGUGCCCUGAGGGUGCCCCGCCCGGCUCUGGAAGGGGGAAAGGGGUAAAAACUUACCUUUUUCCAGCGCUGGACGGGGAGCUCUCCUCCUCCGAUCCUCCUCCUUUCCUCCUCCUGGGCUGAAUGUGCACGCGCGGCAAGAGCUGCGCGCGCAUUCAGACGGUCGCAUAGGAAAGCAUUUACAAUGCUUUCCUAUGGACGCUUGCGUGCUCUCACUGUGAAAAUCACAGUGAGAAGCACGCAAGCGCCUCUAGUGGCUGUCAAUGAGACAGCCACUAGAGGCUUUGGGGGAAGGCUUAACCCAUUAAUAAACAUAGCAGUUUCUCUGAAACUGCUAUGUUUAUAAAAAAUGGGUUAACCCUAGAAGGACCUGGCACCCAGACCACUUCAUUAAGCUGAAGUGGUCUGGGUGCCUAGAGUGGUCCUUUAAAAUCUAUUGGGUAGUUGCCUGUUAAAAUCAUGUAAACAAGGCUGCCAUCAGUUCCCACAGACAUAAAGCAGUGUAACAUAGCGUGCCGCGCGAGUUGCCAUCGUGGGGCUCACGUGAUUUGGACUGAGGAGCAGCUGGAAAGAAAAGAUGGUGCUGGCUGGGCCCCCUCAGCACCAUAUAGGCAGGCGGCGGCGGCCGCCAGCAUGUGCACAUAUAUAUAUUGACAACCACUAUAUAUAUAGGGAAGUACUAGUAACUGUCACUAUAUAUAGUGGUUGUCAAUAUAUAUAUGUGCACAUGCUGGCGGCGGCCGCCGCCUGCCUAUAUGGUGCUGAGGGGGCCCAGCCAGCACCAUCUUUUCUUUCCAGCUGCUCCUCAGUCCAAAUCACGUGAGCCCCGCGAUGGCAACUCGCGCGGCACGCUAUGUUACACUGCUUCCUCUCAUUAACCAGGUACCUCCUUAAUAUACACACAGCCACUUCUCAUUAUACACAUAGUGCCACUUUUCGCUUCACUCUGCCAUUUUACACUAUACACACUGCCACUACAUCCACUACACACACUGCAUCCAUUACACAAAUAUACAUUCUGCAUCCACUAUAAACACACUCUGCAUCCACUAUACACACACUGCAUCCACAACACAUCAGUGCCGGUAAAGCCCGCCAAAUACCUGUGAACACACACACUCUACAACCACUAUAAACACACUUCAUCCACUAUAACUAUUCUGCAUCCACUCCACACACACCGCAUCCACUCUUCACACACCACAUCCAUCCCACAGACACUGCACCAGUGUGGGCGGACUCAGGACAGGGUGGAUCCCAGGGGUCCAAACCUUGAGCUGUGUAAGAGCCCCCAAAAUUUCGUAUGGCAGCCCUGCAUGUAAAGCAUCACUUUGCUUCCAAGCCCUCAUGCCUUAUAAUGUCAAAUACCAAGAAUUUGCUAAGUGAGCUAAGACUACAUUAUAUGAAACUAUUACAUCAGCUAUGUGGAACUGAUAAAUUCAGUUUUAUAUAUAUAUAUAUAUAUAUAUAUAUAAAAAAAAAAAUAUAUAUAUAUAUAUAUAUAUAUAUAUGGUAUACGGUGAAUUUUGCCGCAAUAAGCAUGUUACUCAGUAACAAGUCUAAUUUUCGAGAGAAUAGUGUAUGCAGUGCAAAACAUGAAAGUCCGUAUUGGUGGAAAGUGCCAUUUAUAAUGUUACCAGAUAGCACAGUUCUACAUGGGAAUUUUUCUUUGAUUUUUUUCUUUGACUUUAAGAUUCCAAAAUAACUUGGGAGAAUUAGAUUUAUGGUUUUUUUUCCAAUAUGAAUAUAACCAUUGGAUUAAGUGUUCCAAAUCUUAACAUUAGUUAUUACAUUUCACUAUAUCAAUAUAGGCAGUACAAGGUAGUCAAUUAUGUGUUUUUACCAUUCAGCAACAUAUUGGACAAAUUUCUUGUUACCAAAUGGUCCAUAUAUCAAUUUAAUUUCUAGUUCAGGUUUUUACCACAUAAGACCUUAUGCUUUCUUGUCCUGUAGUUAUCCCCUUUAUUUUACAUUACAACGAGGACACUACUAUUUUAUAACUUGUUAAGUCCAGCUAUCUACAUGUAUUUUAUUUUUGAUUUAUAUAUGGUUUUGAUUUAAACAUUUCAUUUUUGAUAUUCACCAUAUCUAUUUAUCAAUAAAUCUAUCCAGCCCUAUUUCUCUUCACAGUAUACUGGACCUCUAAGGGUUAACUGUGAGGGAUAGGGCUCUGAGACACUUUCCUCACUUGCCCCUCCCCUCUCUCAUUUCGGCUAAACUAUCAGCCAAUCCGGAGAGAGGGUGGGCUAUUUAAAUGACAUGCUGUCCGUUUACCCGGUUCCCUUGAAAAGCCGUUUUACGGCGAAACGCGCGUCGGGUGCAGUGCAGCAGAGGGUGUGGGAGGCAGACAGGGACGAUCCUACUACGAUUUAGUAAACUUACAGCCACCCCUCUGCUUCAUUUAUUUUAUUUUAUUCAGUUCUAGACGCUUUAUUAGUUUAGACUUUUUUCUCUACCUUUUGUCAGCCAUACUCAGCUAGCGAUUAUUAUAGAGAGUUAGAAAUCGAUUUUGAGUGAGAUUGGGAAACGGGAGUAGCGAUACAUAACAGGGAUAUUGGGCUCUACUUUUCAUUUAACCCUGUCCUUUUCCCUUCUUACUUGUGCCAGCAAUAUAUAUAGGCACCAUUUCAUGAUAUUUAUUAUUUUCCUUUGUCUCUCUCCUGUCGCUAAAUCUAUUUAGCUUUGGUUGUAGCGAUUGCGCUAAUUAGACAUUUUGUGACUGUGUUACUAUUUUAAAUUACCUAUUAAAAGUUAUAUUUUACUUAUUCAAUAUGGAUUGCUAACUAUGUACCAGUAGACUGUGGGCAUAAAGUUUAUGUUUCCCACAGUUUUACUUGUACCCUUUUUUUCUCUACUAAUUAUUGUUUCAAUAGGGGUUACCCCCCAUUUUCACCUUAGCAAUCUUGACACACUCUUUCCUCUCUCUGUUUUUUCUAUCUAAAUAUAAUUGUUCUCAGUAGGUUUCAGUACCAAUUUUGAACAGAGAGUAGAACCUAGGAUAACUAAUUUUCAUUGUACUUUUAUAGACAUCAAAGAUUAUUAGGUUAUUAUUUGGCUAUUAUACUAAUUAAGCUGGACUUAACAUGUCAGAUUUUUUACAACAAGUGGUACAUCCAGACUUUAGGUCUGAAGAUGUGGCAAAUGUGUUUUCUAACAAACCAUUGGGGAACCUUAACAGUGACUCUAACGAUAUAAAUCAAGCAUUUUUUGCGAUACAAAAAUUAUACCAAACACAGCUAAGGGGCUUUUGGGAGCUAGCCAGUUUGAGACAUUAUAUCGAACAGAAGUUGGUACCAAGAGGUCUUAGACCUGACAUUUUACUGCCUGAUAAAGUGAAAACAGAAGAACAGGUUGCGGAAUGGAACUCCAUCCUGCUAGACUGUUCGGCUAAAAUAAUGCAAUUUUUAAUCAAAUUAGAACAAGAGAGUCUAGAAAAAACCAACGGGGACCUAGACACAGAGAUUAAGAAAAUUAAGACAUUUGAAAAAGAACCAGAGUUUAUAGCUAUGGAAACAAAGCUAGAAAAGAAUUUGGAAAACUUUAAGAGGAACAUAAGACAUAAAAAACAUUAUAAAUUCCAGAGGGAUUUUAAAGACUUCCAGGAAGGAAAUAUCUUUAAAAAUAAAAAUAAAAUCAGACGUGACUUUAGAAAUAACAGGAUGGGAAACAAGGGUUUUUCUUCCUCUGAUGAAACAGAAUGGUCUGAAUCAGAAACAAGGCCUCGAUUUAAUAAAAGACCACCCCCCAAAAAGACUCAAUACACAUCCACAGUUCAAACUAGAGGGAUCCUAAGAAAUACAGAUAGGAAUAUUUCCUUUUCAGAUCCCCCUGCUUUUGGUCCCACUUCAGACUCUAAUUCCAGACAAGAAACCCCCUUAGGUUCAUCCCAGUCCUCCUCUACUUUUUUAGAUCAGGAAUGGCCCCAACCACAAAGGGCACGACUCAGAGACAGAAAAAAGCGGGGAUACAAAGUACAUCAGUCCAACUUCCAAUAGUGGAUAAAUUGGAAGAAAACAAAAUCAUAAAUUUAUCCAACUUUACUCUUAAACCUAGGCAUGUCUCACUGCUACAGAAAGGAUUAUCAUUUGUCCCCACACCCUCUAGAAAUAGGUUCAAUUGGGCCAAAGAUGUAAACCUAUUUGGUCGCAAAUUGGCCCUUCAUGCUUUCCAUGAAAAGAGAAAUCUAAAGAACUUGAGGGAACUAGGUCUUACAUCAGAGGAUAAUGAAAUUUUCAGUAUACUCACAGAUCUGCACUCUGAACAAGAACCUUUAAAUUCCCUCACAGACUGUAAACCUCUGUGUUGGUUUACCCCAAACCUCAAAGAGUUCCCAUGCAUAGAUUUAUUCGUACAAAUGUGUACUAACGACUUAGAGUUUCAAAGUACCCAACAGUGCCACACUUCAAAUUUGAAAUUUGAGGAAAGUCUGGCUCUACAAGAAUUACAAUUAGAGACAGAAAUUGUGAUAAAAUCUUCUGAUAAAGGAGGAAAUAUAGUCCUUAUGCAGCGAACACAAUAUAUUGACAUGUGUAUGAAACAUUUAUCAGACGACAAUACCUAUCAGGUUCUGAAAGAAGAUCCUACUAAAGGAUACCUUAGGGAAUUACAGCUAUUGGUGCAAGAUGGUUUAACGGAGAAUGUAAUAACACAAAAUGAACACAGAUACAUUGUGUCUCAGUCCAAUAUCACUAUAGCUACAUUUUACUGUCUCCCCAAGGUGCACAAGGAUCUGUGUAACCCUCCGGGGAGACCUAUUGUCUCAGGCAAUCAUAGCCUAACUGAGAGAGCUAGUCAAUUUCUGGACAAAUUACUCCAACCGAUAGUACAAGGCCUUCAGUCCCACAUACGGGACACUAAACAGACGCUAUUGACUUUGGAAAACCUUACAGUGCCACCUUAUACGUCUCUAGCGAGUCUAGACGUGGUGGCUAUUGACUUUGGAAAACCUUACAGUGCCACCUUAUACGUCUCUGGCGAGUCUAGACGUGGUGGCACUGUAUAAUAACAUUCCACAUGAUAAAGGUUUAGCAGGUGUAGCUUAUUUCUUAGAAAAGGCUGAGACUUUCAAUGAACAGGAACAACGGUUCAUUUUGCGGCUAUUAGAAUUUGUGUUAACACACAAUUAUUUUACAUUCAAUGGGAAAUAUUUUUUACAACUCCGGGGCACAGCUAUGGGAUCAUCGUGUGCACCCAGUUAUGCCAACCUAUUUCUGGGUUGGUGGGAAGAGACCAUGGUAUUUAUUGACUCAAAUGCCAUUUUCACUUCAUCUAUAUUAAAAUGGUAUCGCUAUAUAGAUGACGUGCUAAUUUUCUGGAUAGGUCCCUUUACGUUGUUCAAAGAAAUGGUAGACAUACUUAAUGUAAAUUCAAUCAAUCUUCAACUUACUCACGUCAUACAUGUUAAACAACUGGUAUUCCUGGAUUUAUUGAUUAGCAUCCAAGAGGAUGGACUAAUCUCUACAUCACUCUAUAGAAAACCCACAGCAACCAACAGUUUGCUUCACUGGCAGAGCUUCCAUCCAUAUCAUAUCAAGGCCAACAUACCCUAUGGCCAAUAUUUAAGAGCCAAAAGAAACUGCUCGAAUCAGGAAGAUUAUGAAAAGGAGGCGAAGGAAUUAAAAAACAGAUUCAAGAAUCUUGGCUACCCCAACAGAAUAUUAAAAAGAGCCUAUCAAAGAACUAAAGCUGUAGAUAGGAUAGAAAGUCUGCACAGACCCCCGAAAAAUAAAUCUACAACUCCAGGGGUUACGAGGUUUAUAGGCACCUUUGACAAAGACUGGAACCAAGCACUACAGGUGUUGAGUAAAAACUGGCCAGUAUUACAGUAUGAUACUUGCCUAAAAAACACUAUCACUGAACAACCCUCAAUGACCUAUCGCAGAGCAAAGAAUCUGGCAGACCAUCUAACACAUAGCCAUCUAAAACCAGCACAAAUUACUUCUACUUGGCUUCAAACCAAAGGUCUCUUCAAGUGCGGCCAUUGUAAGGCCUGUGACUUUAUACUUCCCUCAAAAACUGUACAUAACAAACGAACCUCUAAAGACGUAGUGGUGAAUUCAUUUAUCAACUGCAGCUCCACUAAUGUGAUUUAUCUCAUAACAUGUGAAUGUGGGCUACAGUACAUCGGUAAAACUUAUCAACAACUACGCAGACGGAUUUUACAACACAUCAAUUCCAUUACGAACCCACGCAUUGAUACACCAAUUGCCAAGCAUGUACGCCUGAAUCAUGCCUCUAAAUCGAAUGUACUUAAAUUUCAGGUGAUCCAAAAAAUGUUUCAGAACCAUCGGAAGGGAGAUAUUAACGUUGCCCUUCUUAAAGCUGAGUCCCGUUGGAUCUAUUCCUUUCAAACUUUAUAUCCGAAAGGAUUAAAUGAGGAGUUUAAAUUCACUCCAUUUAUUCAUGCAUAAAGACAAAUUGACCUGUUUCCUCCUGGCUAUUGAAGAGUUUUUAUCAUAAAGUGGCCCUAUGGUCAUUUACAUUGAUAGCCAAAAGUGUAUGGUUCUUCUACAUGGGAAUUUUUCUUUGAUUUUUUUCUUUGACUUUAAGAUUCCAAAAUAACUUGGGAGAAUUAGAUUUAUGGUUUUUUUUCCAAUAUGAAUAUAACCAUUGGAUUAAGUGUUCCAAAUCUUAACAUUAGUUAUUACAUUUCACUAUAUCAAUAUAGGCAGUACAAGGUAGUCAAUUAUGUGUUUUUACCAUUCAGCAACAUAUUGGACAAAUUUCUUGUUACCAAAUGGUCCAUAUAUCAAUUUAAUUUCUAGUUCAGGUUUUUACCACAUAAGACCUUAUGCUUUCUUGUCCUGUAGUUAUCCCCUUUAUUUUACAUUACAACGAGGACACUACUAUUUUAUAACUUGUUAAGUCCAGCUAUCUACAUGUAUUUUAUUUUUGAUUUAUAUAUGGUUUUGAUUUAAACAUUUCAUUUUUGAUAUUCACCAUAUCUAUUUAUCAAUAAAUCUAUCCAGCCCUAUUUCUCUUCACAGUAUACUGGACCUCUAAGGGUUAACUGUGAGGGAUAGGGCUCUGAGACACUUUCCUCACUUGCCCCUCCCCUCUCUCAUUUCGGCUAAACUAUCAGCCAAUCCGGAGAGAGGGUGGGCUAUUUAAAUGACAUGCUGUCCGUUUACCCGGUUCCCUUGAAAAGCCGUUUUACGGCGAAACGCGCGUCGGGUGCAGUGCAGCAGAGGGUGUGGGAGGCAGACAGGGACGAUCCUACUACGAUUUAGUAAACUUACAGCCACCCCUCUGCUUCAUUUAUUUUAUUUUAUUCAGUUCUAGACGCUUUAUUAGUUUAGACUUUUUUCUCUACCUUUUGUCAGCCAUACUCAGCUAGCGAUUAUUAUAGAGAGUUAGAAAUCGAUUUUGAGUGAGAUUGGGAAACGGGAGUAGCGAUAUAUAACAGGGAUAUUGGGCUCUACUUUUCAUUUAACCCUGUCCUUUUCCCUUCUUACUUGUGCCAGCAAUAUAUAUAGGCACCAUUUCAUGAUAUUUAUUAUUUUCCUUUGUCUCUCUCCUGUCGCUAAAUCUAUUUAGCUUUGGUUGUAGCGAUUGCGCUAAUUAGACAUUUUGUGACUGUGUUACUAUUUUAAAUUACCUAUUAAAAGUUAUAUUUUAUUUAUUCAAUAUGGAUUGCUAACUAUGUACCAGUAGACUGUGGGCAUAAAGUUUAUGUUUCCCACAGUUUUACUUGUACCCUUUUUUUCUCUACUAAUUACAGAUAGCACAGUAUACUAAUAGAGAUACUUAACAUUUCCAGUAUUUUAAGCUCCUUAUUUCACCUAACCCCUUCCUUCCACAGAUGUCAUGGCGGCCACAGUAUCGCAGUUCCAAGUUCCGGAAUGUAUAUGGCAAGGUGGCGAGUCGAGAGAAAUGUUACGACUGUAUACCCAUCACCAAGAAUGUCCAUGAUAACCACUUCUGUGCUGUAAAUGCAAAGUUCUUGGCCAUUGUCACCGAGAGUGCAGGAGGAGGUUCAUUCCUUGUAAUUCCUAUUCACCAGGUGAGUGGCAUAACGUCUGACUUGGCAUAUUUCCCAUCUAUAGGCCAUCUCCGUCAAUUCCUCUCAAUGCAGGCUGACACAUACAAAAAUUAUUUAUGGACCAUGGAUUCUGUCUGCAUGAUUGCCUAACACAAACAAUAGAGAGACAUGUGAUGAAGGCUGGGGAAAAGACUUUGUUAAAAUAAGGGCUGAAUAGGGCACUUUUGUGAAUUCUAGUCCAUGUCUCAAGAAAAUUAGCAGUGCCACUCUGUGCUUGUCCCCAUGUUCCUUUAGUAUUCAUUAAUCUGAAAGACAAAAGCUGCUUAUAUGUGUUUAAGGACCCCGUAAUAACCAAAUGGGAGCUUCAGGGUCCCCCAUCUUCCAUUACUUCUUGAGGAAUGGGUUUAUGGUUCAUAUACAGAGUGGCGGCCUUGGCAUAACCCUGCUCAACAACCUCCUAAUAAAUACAUCAGGUGCCAAGUUCUCCUCAUACAAGAGUAUUCAUAAUUUUUAAUUUUGUUUUAUUCCCAAAUAAAUUAUCUUCUAUUCUAGGAACUUUUGACAUUUUAGGGUUAAUUUUAAUGUUUACCUUCUUUCAUUGGUGGGGGACAUUAUCAAAAUUAUUAUUAAAAACACCUAAAGCACUUCAGCUUGCUAAUGUCAUUUAUGUGUGUUGAAUCUGCCCUCUUUUUUUUUUCCAUUUUACGAAAUGUGCAGAUUUCAAUAGAAAUUGUCACUUUUAUAAAUUAACCUUGUUACAACCCCUACUAGCUGUCAGUCAUGCAACCAGUCCUGUUACUUCCUGGUUUGGUUAGCUCUGUGGAGGCAGCAAUUGCUCAGAGCAACUGCCUUGCAAAGAUUUCUCAUUAAGCUGUGUUGGUAAGUCUGUAAUUAGACAGUCACAGACAGUCUGGGCUGGGGAAGAAGGGGAGGGUUUGCAAAGGCAGCAGACAAGAGAUUUGUAGCUUUUGCAAUAUGUUUUCUAUAUACCCUCUAUGAAAUUUUUUGGGGGAUAUUUCUACUCAAUAGAGAUUUACAAAAACAUUUUUUCUUUACUUGGGCAGUGGAGUGUCUGUUUAAAUCUGGAAAUCGGGAACAUUUGAGCUUUAGUAUAACAGCCCCAUUCCACAAUUUCUUAUCUUUAUGUUAAUAAACUCACACCUAUCAUGUAUGCUGGAUUCUAUCAUUGUUCUAUUAUUGUUAGUAUGGAAUAGCAGGGACCUCUGUACUUGUUAUCAAUCCACACAUCAAGGAAGGCAUAAGGAGCAUCCAAGGACAUGUAUGGAAGAUGGGGGACCCAUGUAUGCAAUGUAAUGUAUAUCAGUGCCAAUAUAUAAUUUCAUCAAAUAUAUAAACUACACAAAAAAGCUUGCACAUAAUAAAUAGGAAGGGGCUGUGCCAAUCUCCCUAUCUAGUUUGGGUGUUGUCUGUGUGGUGUUGAACAUUAAAUAUUCACAACCCAGCGACCUAUAUAAUCCAAUCUCACAUCCAGUGCUCUGUGAGUGAAUAUUAACUAUGACAUGCUACAGAGAUCACAUCCUGAAAAUACAAGUGAUUCCCUCCUGAUCUGACAUGCUGCAUCCUAUAAUGAUAUUAAAUACGCUCACUGAAUUAGAAAUGAGGCGCUAAUUUAAAAACAGAUGACAUAGCAAAUUAUGAUCACUGCUCAAUCUUAUAAAUACAGGAAUAUGAUUCAAACAGCUAUUGAUUUUAGCACUCCAUUUUGUGGACUACAUCUUCCAUAAUGCUCUUACAGCCAUGAUGUUGUUAUCAGGGGAGACGUAGUCCACAAUAUCUGGAGUGCUGAAGGUUGCCUAGUGGUUAUCAUGCUUACAGUUCCCCUUUAAUGAUCCUUUGUGUCAGCAGUGUGUCUGUGUGUAGAGGUGAUUCCCAUUUUCCCGAUAUAUAUGAGUCGAGUCAUGUCAAAGUCACGUAAAUACAUACAGAUAAUGAUAGAAAUGUCUAUUCAGCCAAUUAACUCAGGUCUAUGUUUACUUUUCACAUCUCAAGGAUUCUGCCAGAUCCAGAUAAAUUGCAAUUGGUUGCCCAAAAGGUAGAUCCCCAGAUGUUGAAGAACUACCACUCCCAUGAUGCUUUGCAUGCCUUUGGAAUGGCAAAGCAUCAUGGAAGCUGUAGUUUUAAAACACCUAGAGAUCUACCUUUUGGGCAGCCCUGACAUAGACUGUCUUACAUAUUGUCUGCAAUUUAUGCUGAAAUCACACCAAAACAUUCUCAUACUCUGGCGAUUAUUUAAUCAGUGGAUCUGUCAUUAUCCUGUUUUUUUAGAGUGCUCUGAAUGAUAUUGAUAUUGCAGGACACAUAUCUGGCCAUUUACUACAUUAUAGAAUUAUUAUAAAUGACAUCACGCUGUAGCAGAGAAUGUGCGAGGGAGCAUUAGUAGCAGGAGGAGGGAGGAGCUACUGACAGGUGUAUCUGUCUGUUCUCCUCCCCCAGGUCUGCAUAGCGGGGGGCUUCACCUAUGCAAUGUUCUGUGCCUCCCCCAGACUGGACGCAUUGAGCCCAAUCACCCCAAGGUGUGUGGGCACCAGGGCACAGUACUGGAUAUUAAAUGGAACCCUUUCAUUGAGAACGUCAUCGCUUCCUGCUCUGAAGACACCUCGGUGAGUGACUCUGCAUGUCAGCGCUAAUUAAAUAUGUAUUACAGGGAAAAGGUACAAUGAUGUAGAUGUGGUACAGAAUAUUAUAAAUGUAUCCUGUCAUGUAUCCGCUGACAUUUCAUGCCGUAAAAUCACCAUUCUCAGGGUCUCGCUGUUUACAUGAUCUUUUAAACCUAUGGAGGGUAAUUAUGCCUAUCUCCUAAUAUUUCAUAAGCUUUGUGUUAGUGAAUGAGAAUUUUUUUCAUGAUAAUGUGUAAUGUCUCACAGGACCAGGGUAGACUGUACCAGUAGUCCCUUCUUGAUUUCAGGGAGCUUGAAAAUAUAUCAAAAUGUGUCUAUUCCCAAAUCUGCGUUUGGGCAUCAUCUACACAUCACAAGCCAUCACAUCUGAAAGGUUUUUUUCAGACUGUAAUGUCAAAACUAAACACUACUUACAAUUACACAGUAAGGACAUCUGUAAAAUGACACAAUUAAUGCAUGAUUUUAAGCAUAAGUGUAAAGGAAUAGUACAAAAAAAGAGCAAACAGUAAAGUCUAAAUCUAUCAAUAUAUCUAUUUUUAUCUGUCGAUCUAUCUAUCUAUCAAAAAACUGAGAGCACUCAUGAGACUAAAUAUAGUGUCACUUUUAUUGUCGUUUCAGUUUCUGUAUAAAACUUUCAUCAGUCACAAUGAAAGUUUUUUUUACGAAACUGGAGCUGACAAUUAAAUGUUUUAUUUAUUUAAAGAAGUCCUAGAAGUGCUCUCAGAUAUUUCUUUUUGUAUGUAUUGAUGCUGUAUUAAGCACAUUAAGCAUAAUCUCUUUGAAUAUUGUGUAUACGUGCGAGUGUAUAUAUAAUAUAUAAUCCAAAGAGACUUGCACUCAAGCUACAGAUGUUUAAAAAUCUCAGUCAGUACAGAAUCAGUCAUAUUAACUAAAGAUAUCUACAAGGCAAAAGAUGGAAGAUGUAAGGAAGAAUAAUUUGGAAUUUGUUUCCACCUGAAGAACUGUUAUUCUUAUCUCACUCAUUGUAUCUUAUAUUAUUGUAUAAGUAUUGAAUAAGUAUAUUCAAUGUAAUAGAGCAGCAGGAAAUGCUAGCAGAAUGCUUGGUUGUAUAGGGAGAGGUAUUAGCAGUAGAAAGAGGGAAGUGCUCAUGCCAUUGUACAGAACACUGGUGAGACCUCACUUGGAGUAUUGUACACAGUACUGGAGACCGUAUCUUCAGAAGGAUAUUGAUACCUUAGAGAGGGUUCAGAGAAGGGCUACUAAACUGGUUCAUGGAUUGCGGGAUAAAACUUACCAGGAAAGGUUAAAGGAUCUUAACAUGUAUAGCUUGGAGGAAAGACGAGACAGGGGGGAUAUGAUAGAAACAUUUAAAUAUAUAAAAGGGAAUCAACACAGUAAAGGAGGAGACUAUAUUUAAAAGAAGAAAAACUACCACAACAAGAGGACAUAGUCUUAAAUUAGAGGGACAAAGGUUUAAAAAUAAUAUCAGGAAGUAUUACUUUACUGAGAGGGUAGUGGAUGCAUGGAAUAGCCUUCCAGCUGAAGUGGUAGAGGUUAACACAGUAAAGGAGUUUAAGCAUGCGUGGGAUAGGCAUAAGGCUAUCCUAACUAUAAGAUAAGACUAGGGACUAAUGAAAGUAUUUAGAAAAUUGGGCAGACUAGAUGGGCCGAAUGGUUCUUAUCUGCCGUCACAUUCUAUGUUUCUAUGUUUAAUAUUUCACAAAAUGUAAUAAGAUAAUUGCAUCACUUACUGCUUGUAUUAGAAACAUUUAAAUUAUCAUGAAACAAUAAUGUGAUAUUUUCUGUUACUGAAUUAUUCACUUGGUAUAAAUUUCAUGUAUUUCAUUAUUUGUAACUAUGGCAACUAAGCCUGUCUCCUUUGAUUGUAAUUACCGCUUACAGUGUAAAAGUGGCUGUAUUGUUUUUUUUACGUGGAAUAAUAACAUAGAAUGUCACGGUAGAUAAGAACCAUUCGGCCCAUCUAGUCUGCCCAAUUUUCUAAAUACUUUCAUUAGUCCCUGGCCUUACCUUAUAGUUAGGAUAGCCUAAUGCCUAUCCCACGCAUGCUUAAACUCCUUUACUGUAUUAACCUCUACCACUUUAGCUGGAAGGCUAUUCCAUGCAUCCACUACCCGCUCAGUAAAGUAAUACUUCCUGAUAUUAUUUUUAAACUUUUCCCCCUCUAAUUUAAGACUAUGUCCUCUUGUUUUGGUAGUUUUUCUUCUUUUAAUGUAGUCUACUCCUUUACGUAUUUUAAUGUUUCUAUCAUAUCCCCGCUAUCUCGUCUUUCCUUCAAGCUAUAUAUGUUAAGUAGCCCAGUUUAGUUGCCCUUCUCUGAACUUUUUCCAAAGUAUCAAUAUCCUUCUGAAGAUACGGUCUCCAGUACUGUGUACAAUACUCCAGGUGAGGUCUUACCAGUGUUCUGUACAAUGGCAUGAGCACUUCCCUCUUUCUACUGCUAAUACCUCUCCCUAUACAACCAAGCAUUCUGCUAGCAUUUCCUGCUGCUCUAUUGCAUUGUCUGCCUACCUUUAAGUCACGCAACAUGUGGACACACCAAAGACCACUCAAUCUUCAUAUACUUAUUGUAAUCUGUAAGGUUUUCAAAACAAAACAAAGUAGCUCGUGAAGACCUUGCUGUGAUGGAUUGAAGAGCAGAUACAAUCUGGCGGGAUCCCUGUCCCUGAGUACAGAUUCAAUAUUCAUGGAGAGGGAUCCCGUAGAAAUGUAUAUUCUUGUCUGAUUAUGUUGUAUUAUGUUGUCCUGUUUCUAUCAUAUCAUAAUUACAAGACCGAUCUUGAGGAAACCCUGGGUAAUAUUUAAUCUCUUGAUCGGCAAUAUCCAUUCCUCCACUGUGAUGAAAGUAAUGGCCUUGUACAUCAUGAAGGGAUGCUGGGCAUAUGGUUGCUGAUCAUCUAAGAAGGAGUGUGAAGUUGAGUACUGCGAGAAGAUGUGGGGAGGCAUACAGUGUGGUGUGAUGAUCCAGUGGGAGAAGUACCACUUUAAAGACAUUCAAAUGGCAUAGGGUGAGACAAGGCCAAAUGUUUGGACUUAAUCUACGGGGAGAACUAAGUCAGUUAUUUGAAGGGCAUCCUGUUUUUUCCCAGGACAGAUGCUUUGUGAGAAUAAACAAUAAAAAAGAAAAUCCUGCGCACUCCCUUAUCCACUAAACAGCAACUUCGGUCUCUCAGAUUCUGAAUUCUGAAUCUGUCAGCACCAAAGUUGCUGUUUAGUGGAUAAGAGAGUGCACUGGAUUUUCUUUUUUAUUGUAUAAAUUGGCUCCCAGCAGCACCCUAUUUAUGCAUGUUCAGGUGAGUUCAGCCAGCCCCCUGAUUUCUCAUAUAUUUUAUAUAUAUAUAUAUAUAUAUAUAUAUAUAUAUAUAUUUGGGAGCAGGGUUGUAUUUGCCGCGAGGCAAACAAGGCAUUUGCGUAGAGCGCCACUUUCAGGUGGGCAGCAAAAAUCGUCGCCCUAAGUGCCUAGGCAAAUGCCUUGUUUGUCUCUUACCCCAGGGAUAAAAUUAAUGAGUGUGUGUGUCAGUGAGUGUUUGUGUGUCAGUCAGUCAGUGAGUGUAUGUGUGUCAGAAAAUAUUGGUAUUUGUGCGUGUGUGUGGCUUUCAGUGUGUGUUUGUGUAUCAGUCAGUCAGUGAGUGUGUGUGGGGCUGUCAAUGUGUGUGUGGCUGUCAAUGUGUGUGUGUUUGUCUGUCAGUAGCUCAGUGGCUUUGAUAUGAAGAGGUGGGGCAAAUUUAGAUUAGGGAGGUGUCUGAAUUUAGUUGUGCCUAGGGCAGUACAAACCAGAAUACAGUGGCAGUACAAACCAGAAUACACCACUGUUUGCGAGUCUAGCCAACUCCAUGGUUUUGCACCCCUCCCUGUCACAUGUGCCUCAUUCCAGGACCCUAUUUAGCCUUGUACUGCAGAGAACUCUAGGUGGAAUUUCCCCCCCCAAGUAAGUAGCUCAUGAAGCAGAAAUUAGGCUGUUAGAGUAGGACCUGCCAACGAUGGGGUACAUUGACGUUGUGGCAGGCCUAAGCAAUGUAUGAUCAUGUAAUGUAACUAAACCUCCAUUAUUUUUUGCAUAGAUUAGGUGUUUUAAAAAACUAACUAAAAAUCUGUGGAUAAGGGAGUGGAUAAGGGAGUGCACUGGAUUUCUUUUUUAUUGUAUAAAUUGGCUCCCAGCAGCACCUUAUUUAUGCAUGUUCAGGUGAGUGCAGCCAGCCCCCUUGUGAGCAUAAACUAUGCACAAAACUUGUGGCCUCAUCUCACACUCAUACUCACUCAUAGGAACAGCAAUUGUGAUGCUCUACAUUUAACAUCCUGCACUAACUCCUACAACGCCAAGGCCUCAUCUCAUACUCACUCAUAGGAACUGCGAUUGUGAUGCUCUGCAUUUUUUUUCUCUCACCACUAAAGGGUUCUCUCUACCUCUUGUAUUUGUCUGUGUAUAUUGUACGUUCUCCACUAAUUGUACAGCGCUGCGGAAUCUGUUGGCGCUUUAGAAAUACUAGAAUAUAAUUCAGUAAUAAAAAAUAAAUAAGUGACAGCGACAAAGCUGAUACAACAUAUAAAAGAAACCUUAGACUGCUGAUUUUACCCUUCAGGUUCGAGUGUGGGAAAUCCCAGAUGGUGGACUCAAGCGAAACAUGACAGAAGCCGUACUUGAACUGUAUGGACACAGUCGAAGAGUGGGGUUGAUAGAAUGGCACCCCACAGCAAACAAUAUACUGUUUAGUGCUGGAUAUGACUACAAGGUUAGUAAGAAGAUAUGUUGUUUAGCUUGAAACACGGCAUAAGCUAUUUAAAUACCGAUUUCCAGCUAGGGUGAAGAAAGUGACAAACAGAAAAUAUAUACAUGAACAGGUUAUCCAUAUUGUAAAAUUAUAUUCCCCAAAGGGCCCCAUAACUGUUACAUCACAUAUUGUAAGUACUGUUUUACUGAAUGCUUCUGUUUGAAUUCCAAUUAAAAAGGGGUGAUGAUUUAUAUUCCAAAUGCAGGUGUGAAUUCAUCUAACAUUCAUCCAGUCCCUUCAAGCGGUGUUACAUAACUGUUUAAUGGGUAGUGCGGAAUGCAUCAGGUAGCAUGCUGGCAGCAGUCUAAAGAUAAUGUUUCAACAUUCUAAUAUAAAACUUUAUUUCCUGCACUCCAUACUGGAAACUUAUAUACCUGCAUUUGCACUUAUAUAUAUAUAUAUACACUUUUCUCUUUCCAUAGAUUCUAAUCUGGAACCUAGCUAUUGGAGAGGCAGUGAAGAUGAUAGACUGUCACACAGAUGUUAUCCUUUGCAUUUCAUUUAACACAGAUGGGAGUCUCUUGGCCACUACUUGUAAGGACAAGAAGUUACGUGUGUUGGAACCUCGUUCAGGGAAGGUUCUGCAGGUAAGGGGACACAGUGAACCACUUUAAAUCUCCAUAAACUGUUAAACUCUUCUGUAUGCACACAUUUUGAUGUUAGUCUUACAUUUUACAGCCUUCCACACUCACAUACCUAUUGCACCCGUAUGAACUCAUCUUAUAAUACCCUUCCACUCACAUUGCAUUCACCCUACUUCCUUUAUGCACAUCUCAGUCUCACAUUUGUAUAUGUCCCACUCUUACCAAACAAAAUCCGUUGCAAACUAGAUAUUUUUCUGUCUCACUUUUUAGGAAGCCAGCUGCAAGAAUCACAAGGUGAUGCGCGUUGUCUUCUUGGGGGAUAUGAAUCGUCUGCUCACAACAGGGUUCUCCAGGUGGAACACAAGGCAAAUUGCACUGUGGGACCAGGUGAAGAAUAGUGUGCCAGUCAUGGGACUAUUAUCUCCUGUAUUAUUGUAUGGGGAUGAGACUCUUAAAUGUACUUAAACACAUAGUAAUACAACAGAUACCAUAAACUAGAUCUCACAUACGUUAAAUAACCCAAUGCAGCAAUGCAAUACAUAAUUGUCCCACCAAAGGCCUACCAUAUUCCUUGUGUCAUAUUUAUGCUGUACUUUAUUCAGACAGAGAAUGGCAAGUUAUGUUGACCUCCAAAUUGGUUUCCAUGAUAUUAAAAGCAGAGGCCUAUCAGGUUCUACUAAAUGCAAAAGAUAAUGAUACUGCACUCAGAAAAUUCUGAAUAAAGUUCAUUACAGAAUUUAAUAAUCAUUAAUUAAUUGAAUGAAAUUCAUUAGUUGUGAAAUACUACAAAGUUAGAAAAAAUUAAUGAUAUAUACACACACUUAAAUUGAUAAUAUAUACAAGUUGAUAUGAACCAAUAUAGUUUGGUAGAAGCACUAUAUUGUGAAUCUACUAUUGUUACUCCAUGUUAAUUAAAGAGAGUCCCUGACCACAUCAAGAAGUUAAGUACUAAGUUGUUGUGUCUGGAAGUCCAAACAGAUAUAUCAUCCAGGAGAGUAGGGUUAAUAAAAAAGAGAAAAAAGUAAAAAAUGAAAAAAAUAUAUACAAAAAAAGGAAAAAAAGAAAAAAAUGGAAAAAUUAAGUAUAUACAGUCCCAGUGUGUACACACUAUGAUGUAAUAUGGAUGGAUCUCACCAGUGGAGGAAAAGGGUCCAAUAGUCCAGUUCUUUGUAUCUCUUAAUGUGUUGGUGAAAUCCCUGUAGUUGAUUAUUCUUUCUUGGUUUUCAAAUAAAGUAUAAAAAGAGGUUCCCCACUUGUCCUGGAGGUAUUUGAAUGAAAUUUCUUGUCAGCUGGUCCUGGGUCUCAUAAACGGGCUGCGCGCUCGGGAUCUACAUGUAUCCCUUCAAUGGCCCUGUCGGAGGAAACAGUUAGUGAAAGUCACAUACUUUUAUGCAGUUCGGUGCGCCCGCAUUAAUGCGUGGGUCGCGCCUAGAUGACGUCAUGACGCUCGCGUCCGUGAGUCGCAUCUAAAUGACGUCAUGACGCACACGUCCGGUAUCCAUGCCCGACGUGUGCCGUUUAAUUAUGUAAAUAUCAACAUCCCUAUGUAGUUGUAUGUGUUGAAAAUUACUUGUGAAAGUCCAUUGCAUGCAAAAUUUGACAAUGUACAUUUACACAUACAAUCCUUUACCAUAGUCUGCAUGCAUGGAAAAAAGCAAGUUCCCUAAUACAUAUUUACCUAGGGAAGAGCUGUGCAUAUUGAAACAAAAAAUCAUAAAAUCAUAUUAACAUAGAGUCCUAAGAUAAUUAAUUGUUAUGAUAGGAUUCUUCACAAAUAAAGGAAUACUGAUCAUAUUAGAAUAUACUCAAGAGUUAAAGGCAUAUUUUAUACCUGGUUAUUCUGGUCAAGAAAAAGCUACUGAUCAUUUUAUGCAAAGAGAGCUAAGAUGAUUGAAAUAAAAAAGUGUGACUCAGACUGGGUCUUUACUUUUGUAUUUUGAAGUAUAUAAAUCACUAAACCUAAAAAUUGAGGUUCUGGUCUGCAAGAUGGAAUCAGGUUCUACUGACACUUUCCACUACAGAGGUUUGUGUUUUGUGGUUGCAUGAUGCUGGCUUAUGAGUAAAAUAUGUUUGUGUCAUCUACCCACCUUUAUGCAGGAGGACUUGUCCGUGCCAUUGAUAGAUGAUGAAGUAGAUGGGUUGUCAGGGCUGCUUUUCCCAUUUUAUGACAUGGACACUCACAUGCUUUACCUGGCUGGAAAGGUAAGCUAAUUACACGCCCUAUAAGAAAACUCAAGAUAUUUAUUUUACUUGAAGAAAAACUUAUGUCUAACUACCUAUCCUUCCAUGCAUCCCUGUUAUUAUCAAAAGAAAACAACUAAAAAUGUGAUUUCACUUACUGCCAUAAAAAUAGAAGCAAAAUCUAAUAUUUAGCUCAACCAAAAUAAUCAUACCUGAAAAAUAUUGGUUCUCUCAUUAUACUAAAUGAUACACUUUCUAUAAUCCAGUGGUACUCAUAGUAGCAGUGUUACCCAGGAUAUUCACGAUGGAUGAUCCUAUUGACAAUAUGUUUAAUUGUGAGCAUGUGUGGGCAUCUUCAGACACUUUUCUAGUAGUGUUGCAAAAAUGAAAUCAUAGGGAGACGUUUAGGGCCAGAUAUACAUUCAAAGCAUCAAUAGCCACAAGUAUUAAAUAACUCAAUUUGUCCAUGUGCCCCCACUCUAAACAAAAUAUGGGAACAUGAGCUUAUUGUCAUGCUACGGGAGAGAUAAUUGGUCUCUGGAAUAUGUAGAUAUAUAGAAAGAUUCUUAUGGCAAAUAAUCAUGAGCAGGCAGUCUACUCUGUCCAUUUCCUCUCUAAAAGCAGUUAAUGUUCUUGCCUUUGUUUCCUGUUGAUGAAAGCAGGAUGUCUAUUAACAGUCAUCAUCACAUGAAACGCAUUUUAAAGCAGUUCAUAGAUAGAUGAUUUUUGAACACCAGAGCUCCCACUAAUUAGACAUUUUUAAACUCCAAAUCCUACAGCCUUUUAUUUCAGUACAGUAUAUAAAAUGUAGUAGUGCUUACAGUAAUAAAUCAAUAUACAUGGAAUAGAAAUCCAUUGCAUCUGCAUGUUAGUUACAGGGUUACAAACCAAAGCGAGAGUUCAAAUAUGAAUUUCAAAUUCAAGGUAAAAAUAGUUGAACUGAAAACAUUCUCUAAGUCAGCUAUGCUUCCAGUUUUGCUUCUUUGGCCUUACGUUUGAAAUACACUUUGGUGAAUAACCCUGUUAGGGCAGCAAUCACAACUAUUUGGUACAGUUGCACUACGGUCCCUAUUUUUCAGAAUAUAAUAACUAAUUAACUUUCUAUUCUAGGGAAGACCUUGCUCUUACUAUACUACUUGUAUAUUUAAUAGGAAACUACAAUCUAAUCAGGAAAGUCUCAUUGAUGAUACAUUGUUAUUAGCAUUUAUAUGGAGCCAACGUAUUCCGCAGCACUCUACAAUUAUAAAAUGGCGAUAUUUAAUAAGAAGUACAUUACAUAUAUAACAGAGACAAGAGAUGAGGAAGUCCUUGCUCAAACAACACACAAGAGAAAAUAACAACAUACCAGAGGGGAUAGGGAUUGAUGGAUACCUGUGUUGAAAUAAGCUAGUAAAAGCAAUUUGUGGAAGAACUGAACAGUGGCAGGAGAGGCAGUGAGGUGGGCUAUGAAGUCGUGGGAACUGAUGAGAGCAGUUAAAGGGGAAAAGAAUCACCCAGGAAGAUAGUAGGCUUUCAUAAAGAGGUGUGUUUUCAGUGACUUCUUAAAGGAUCACUUUAGAGUAAUACAAUACAUGUAUUCCUGACCCUAUAGUGUUAAAACCACCAUUUAGGUGGCUUGCGUCCCUGGCCUUGCCCCUGAUCCGCCUCCUUGCUGACAUAAUCUGAAUCUAUGAUUUCAGCCAAUCCAAUACUUUCCUAAAUGAUUGGCUGAAAUCGACAAGAAGGCAGGAUGGGGGCGGGACCAAACACCUGCUUGGCCAAACAGCACCUCCUCAUAGAGAUGCAUUGAAUUAUUGCAUCUCUAUGAGGAAACUUCAGUGUCUCCAUGCAGAGCGCGAAGACGCUGAACGGUAGAGCUGCACACUGUGCAGCAUUGCCGUAGGAAGCACCUCUAGUAGCCAUCUGAGGAGUGGCCACUGGAGGUGUCCCUAGGGGGCAAAGUAAACACUGCCUUUUCACUGUAAAGAUAGUGUUUACAUGAAAUUACCUGCAGGGAAUGAUUAUUCUCAUCAGAACAACUACAAAAAGCUGUACUUGCUCUGGUGACGAUAGUGUCCCUUUAAAGCAGGGGACAACUUUAGGCAUAAUUAGUAAUUAUGGUGCAAUAUUCUAAAAGUGCCAAGUGGUCACCAUACAACAUGCCACUACAGUCUUGUCUGUGGACUUACCUGCGUUUAUCAAUCUUUUUCCCAUGCAAGGGAGACGGGAACAUUCGAUAUUACGAGAUAACAACAGAGAAGCCAUUCCUGACGUACUUAAUGGAAUUUCGUUCUCCGGCACCCCAAAAAGGGCUUGGUGAGACUCAUAUUUAGAAAAUAUUGACAAAUUAAUAUUAUUGAAAGUGAGAGUUCAUCUUUACAUGCUGAAUUGGGUUGUAGACUGCCUCAUUCCACAUGUGUAAGGCAAGAUCUGCAAGCAACACCUUCUUUCUAGUUAUUUUAUGCAAUUACGCCUCCUGUACAGAUUAGGAACAGUUCGAAAAUGCAUCAAGCACCUGAUUAUGCGAUCUAUUUUUAGGGGCGAUGCCAAAGCAUGGGUUGGACGUCUCACAAUGCGAAAUAUUCAGGUUUUACAAAUUGAUCACCUUGAAGAAUCAAAUAGAACCAAUCUCCAUGAUAGUGCCUAGGAGGGUAAGUUUUUCACAGACAGGAGUAGUUACAUAAGCCAUAAGACCUAUAAAGAUGAAAGGGCACUCAAAGAUAAAAGACUGUAUCCCUUAAAACACCUUCCAGUAAAUAAAAGCCCAAAAAAGUUAGCUGCGCACUGUCCCAAAUUCCUAUGUACAUUUAAAUAACUGAAAGUUUUUAGUAUCACUCCAAAGGCCAUUAAAGUGUAAGCCCACCUGCCACAUCAAGGGAAAACAUCUAAAGUGAGUCCUACACUAAUUACCUUGCUGGGUUUUUUUGUUUGUUUUUUAUUACCUGCUGAAAAUGGCAAGGUAAUUUACUAGUGUAGGACUGUCACGGGAGUCGUAUCCCAACACGCAAAAAGAGUGGAAAUCAACAAAAGGUCCGAAAGACGUAUUACAGAGCCUUAGAUUGGCCGGAUUUAAUGUAUUAAAUAUAGCGAGAAACAAGGUUAGGGUAAGUCAAGGUCAGGUAUGCAGAAAUACACACAGUAUACACAAAGCCGGGUCAGGAUACCAGAAAAUCACAUGUCAAAUAUGAAGCCAGGUCAGGCUACGAGAAAUCACAAGUCAAAUACGAAGCCUGGAGAGGAUACGAGAAAUCACAAGUCAAAAUACGAAGCCGAGGUCAAUAACAGGACUACAACAAGAGAGACUUCUAUAUAGCACUAAAGUGUAUCAGCACAGAAAUCACAAUAGAGCAAUGAGUAAGGACUAGAACAAGCCUUAAAGGACCACUAUAGUGCCAGGAAAACAUACUCGUUUUCCUGGCACUAUAGUGCCCUGAGGGUGCCCCCACCCUCAGGGUCCCCCUCCCGCCCAGCUCUGGGGAGAGGAAAGGGGUAAAAACUUACCUUUUUCCAGCGCUGGGCGGGGAGCUCUCCUCCUCCGAUACUCCCACUCGGUUAGCUGCGCGCGCAUUCAGCCGGUCGCAUAGAAAAGCAUUUACAAUGCUUUCCUAUGGACUCUUGCGUGCUCUCACUGUGAUUUUCACAGUGAGAAUCACGCAAGCGCCUCUAGCGGCUGUCAAUGAGACAGCCGCUAGAGGAAUUGGAGGAAGGAUUAACCCAUUUGUAAACAUAGCAGUUUCUCUGAAACUGCUAGGUUUAUAAAAAAAUGGGUUAAUCCUAGCUGGACCUGGCACCCAGAGCACUUGGUAAGCUGAAGUGGUCUGGGUGCCUAGAGUGGUCCUUUAAAUAGGUUCAAAAGAGUUCCCAUUGGUCCACGUCAUCUUUGUGACCCAAAACAGCAUGGAGUCGCGUUCCUUUAAGGGUGUGAUGUCAUGGGAAUUUAAUUAUUUAAGGUGAUGCGGUUCGGCCCGCAAAACAGCAGAGGGACAAAAGGUCUGAGGACUGCAGUAGUGGGGCCAUGCGGUGCAUUCUGCCCUUGUGGCCCAAGGAGAGGAACGGUAAGUUUGUGACAAGGACUCAGUUAAGAGGUUUGCUUUGAUAUGGCAAUUGAACUUACACUUUAGACACAACUGGGUAAUCCCUAAAUCCUGGACCAGUAGGGAUGCCUUGAGAACUGGAUUGGGAACCACUCCUGUAGAUGUUAUCACUGAAGAAAAAAUAAUGAUUUCCGGCAAGACACUAAGAAUAUACAAAUGUAUUCAACUAGUAAAAUAGUGCGGAAUACCGGAUCAUAUUGUAAUAAUAAUUAAGAACUUAUUGUUGAUCUUCACACGUUUCUAAAACAUUAUUAAAACAAUUAUUCAAUAUAUACUUUACAUAAAUGAAAGUAUAAAAUCAGUAGAACAAUAAUUUUACAGACAAUUAACAGUAUUUUCUUGUUACAGUCGGAAACAUACCAGGAAGAUAUAUACCCGAUGACUCAAGGAAUGGAACCAGCAAUGACUGCUGAUGAGUGGCUAAGUGGCAUUAAUAGAGGUGGAGUGUUGAAGACACAAGUGUUAGGGGUGGGGGGAGGCUUGGAUAUUCCAGCUAGAUAGUGGGCACUAACUGACCAUAGCAAUUCAACGGGGGUUUAAAUCUAAUCAUUGGGUGUUUGCUUAUAAAUAUUUUCUUAUUUCUCACAUAUUCCUUGAUUGAAUAAUCUGUGUAAUGGCUUUGUCUCAGCUGUAUAUUCAAUUCCAAUAGCACACAUCAAACAAUUGCUAAUCUCAGUUUUCUGCAGGCCCAGUCCUGAUGAGCUUGAAGGAGGGAUAUCAGAAGGAGUGUAAAGCCACUUUCAAAGCACCAGUGCGGGACAAGAAGAGCUUAGUGGUCAAUGGAAUUGACCUAUUGGAGAAUGUCCCACCUAGGACAGAGAAUGAAGUAUGUAUUAUGUUCCACAUAUUCAAGCAGUUGUCUGAACACAGUGCACUGCACUGCAGGGACCACCAUUAUUUCAUAUAGUAAACAUUCUGUAACCAAAGCUCAUUGUCUGAACAUAUUUGGGGUUAUUUAUAAAAAGUGUGGAGUUCACUUUUCACACUGCCAUUCUGGCGCUUAUCCGUUCUCCUUUGUAUUACCUAAUUUGCACCAAAAUAUUUCUUGCUCUGUCUAUUCUGUCAUUUUAUCUUCCUUUUUCAUCUUUUAUUUUUUGGUUCUGAAAUUUGUCUCUUCUUGUGAAUAAGAAAAGAGAUGACAAAGUACACCUUUUCUUUUCAACAUUUUUUUGGGGGGCAGGUUUUCUGAGACAGGUAAGCAGCUUGCAGGAUUAUAAUUGACAAAAAGGUAUAAAAAAAAAUUGUUUCAAUUACGAAAUGUGUUUUUAUUUCCUAGUCAUUUUACUCAAUUGCCUUAUAUUUUUUAAUGUAAUAAAUUAUACAAAAAGGAGAAAAAAGUGAAAGAGGUGUCAAGAGUGUCAGAAAGGCACAUUUCGGCACUUUACAGAAAAGAUACCAAUGGAUAAAGGUAGGAGUAACAGUAAUAUAAGUAAGAAAAUAGCACAUGCUCAAAAAAAUGGGGUAAAUACAAAAACAAAUGUGACACUUUUUAUACAUAACCCCUGUUCAAAACACUGCUUCACUCAGUGCACAGAGCAUGAGACAGACAUUAGAGUUCACAUUUUCCAUGUACAUUUAAUGCCUAUGCUGCUGAUUCUGCUCUCCCUCUACCCACGUACCUGUCCCUUGCAGUUGCUACGCAUGUUCUUCCGGCAGCAGGAUGAAAUCCGACGUCUGAAGGAGCAACUGGCUCAGAGAGACCUCCUCAUCAGACAGCUGGAAUUGGAGCUCAGAAACCUGAGGAACAAUCCCAAGGACAGCUAGCUGCCUUUAUGUUUCCCAUGUAAACCACACACUGUCCAAAGGACAGUUAACUGCCCAAUGUAUAAUUCCUGGGGUAUAUGUAUAUAAAUAUACUAACACCCUUGUAAUGCCUUUCCCUGGCACACUGGGAAACUAUGUAUAGAUCUGAGCUAAUUGCACCACUGCCCUAUGCAUAUUUAGCUAAGGUCCUGACACAAACAUCUACCACAUUGUUCCCCAAUGCAGGAGCUAAAUGUGGCUAGUACCAAACCUUUUCAGCCUCUCUCAUUGAUGUACAUUAAGGCCUGGAUUUGCCUUGUAAGACAGUUACCUUUCCCCAAGGGUAUACACACCACACACACAUAUAUAUAUAUAUAUAUCCAUCCAUAGUGGGAAGGAUACAUGACAAAGGUUGCAAUUUAAAAAAGAGUUUACUAGCUCAUUAGACCAAGAGGAUCUGUGGAUACUCAAAUAUAUUUUUCUUCUACAUAACUGAUCUAUACACAUAUUAAUAUGGAGGUCUAAACAACAGUCGUAAUUAUUUGACUGAAGAAAGCCAUAACUAACUGUGCCGAACGUAUGGUAUGAGCUCUCAAUAAUAAGGCACUAGAGAGCUCCUGCUUCCACUCUUACUUAUUAUUUUAUCACCUUUUCUUUUCUUGUACGGUUACCGGCACAUUUUCAUGUGUUUUUGUUCACAAUGGAGCACUCUGUGUGUGAGAUCAGGCAGGUCACUUUCUUGCUCAUUUUCCUUCUAUUUAUUGCUAACUGUUAUUUCCUAUGCAAAAUGGGACAUUAAAAUCAUUAACUCAAACUAUGGAGGAAUGGUUAUUAAUAAGGCAUUUCAUUUGUCAGUUACAUAGAUUACAGAUCAACAUUUUACACAAUGCAGAUGGUUGAACAACUGUGUAUCACAAACAAACAAGGAAAGUGUAUGAAUGAUUAAAAUAGUCUAUGAAUGGGUAAAAUGUUUACCAUGCCACAUUUAUCGAGUCAUACAUAGUUCAGCUGCACUGUGUUUGACCCUGUAAAUAUGGAGUGCUGAUCAUUUUACCAGGGUGUGCUGUACUAUUCUAUUUAUUGACAGAAUUUAUUCACUGGACCAAGUGUCUUGCACCCCUUUAGGUACAUAUGCUCGAUACAUUUUUACUUUGGGAGCAACAAAAAUGUCUAAAAAUGGUUUAAAAUAAAUAUGUCAGGUUUCUUUUAAAUAUGGUGAAACUUAUCAGAAACUCAACUCCAGGAGAAGAACUAGAACGGCGACAAAUCUUUGCACAUUGUAUUUAC